GAGAUCGUUCUAUCAACAAGAAAAUGGAACCUUCUGCUGGCGGCAUGGGUCCGACUAUGGGAGAGCUGGAGAGCGGCCCGGGGGCCGGUAAACACGGGGAGCUGGACCUAUUAAUGUCACCUUAACCCUCUGAGUGCCACAGUGCUGUGUGAUGCUCUGAUUAACACCCUGUGCUAUCAUACUCUAUGUGACAUAAACUGAGUUGUAGUAAAUAAUGGCAGCUGCCCCACUUUGACUUUAUGGUAUUUUUAGCAUGAAACACAUGCUGUUCACUUUCCUAUUAACAUUCUGAGAACCAAAUGUGUUCCCAACACCUUGCAAACCAUUCAUUGCAUUGGGCAUGGCUCUGGCAUUGAUAGGGUUAAGGUGGCACAAGGCUUAGUCAGGCAGGGCACAAGGCUUAGUCACUGGCAAAUAAUUGUUUUGGGACGACUGGCUGUGGCUGGCCUGCCUAAGGACAGUUUCUAAGACUCAUCAUAAUAUUUGAAUAUUCAGAUAUAUUUAGAAUUUGGAGCAUCAACACGAGCUGAAAGCACACUGGUUUAUUUCAAUAUAUUUUUUACAUCUGUUUGUCUAUUGUUUUCUUUGUUAGAUAAAGCUUCUAUCACUCAGGUAACUGAUGAAGAAAAGCAAAAGGAUCAUAGUAAAGACCAUAAUUUAAACCAGUAAGUAUGACUUUGAUUAAAAUAUUAUGUCUGUGUAUAUACUUAUAAACACACAUAUUUCCAUAGGUGCUUUAAAUUUGACACAACACAAUUUAUUAAAAAUAUAUUUAUAACAUUUUUUCAGAACAAAGCCAUAGCUAUUCUAUGAUAACGUGAUCCUAUACAGGAAGCAUGUCAAACUCAAAGGCUAACACGGGCCAAAUAAACAAGUUUCAAGUUUAUGUGGGUCACAAAAUAAUGUUUUCAUAGAAAAGUACAGUAUAAAAAAAGAACAAGAACAAUGAUAACAUUAAUGUUUUCUACUAAACUCUAGACCCUCUGUACAAAACCCCAGCCCCCCUCUACAAAACCCCAGCUACCCCCCUCUACAAAACCCUAUCCACCCCUCUACAAAACCCCAGCUACCCCCCUCUACAGAACCCCAGCACCCCCCUCUACUAAACCCUAUCCACCCCUCUACUAAACUCAAGCCCCCAUACUAAACUCCAGCCAUCCUGAUACAAAACCCCAGCACCCCCCUCUAUUAAACCUCAGCCCCCACCUCUACAAAACACCAGCACCCCCUCUACUAAACCCUAUCCAGCCCUCUACAAAACCCUAGCACCCCCUCUACUAAACCCUAUCCAGCCCUCUACUAAACUCCAGCUCCCACUCUACUAAAACCCAGCCACCCCACUAAGCCCCAGCCCCUAUACCAACCCCACCCCCUCUACUAAACCCAAGCCCUCUCUACUAAACCCCAGCCCCCCCUCUACAGAACCCCAGCACUCCCUCUACUAAACUCUAUCCACCCCUCUACUAAACCCAAGCCCCCAUACUAAACUCCAGCCAUCCUGAUACAAAACCCCAGCACCCCCUCUAUUAAACCCCAGUCCCCCCUCUACUAAACCUCAGCCUCCACCUCUACAAACCCCAGCACCCCCUCUACUAAACCCUAUCCAGCCCUCUACUAAACUCCAGCACCCCCUCUACUAAACCCCAGUCCCCGUCUACUAAACCUCAGCCCCAACCUGUACAAAACCCCAGCACCCCCUCUACUAAAUCCUAUCCAGCCCUCUACUAAACUCCAGCUCCCACUCUGCUAAAACCCAGCCACCCCCACCAAACCCCACCCCCCCACUAAACCUCAGCCCUCUCUACGAAAUCCAAGCCCACACUCUACUAAACCCCUGCCCCUGCCCCUGUUUGAAAAACAAAAACAAUGUUAGCCUCCAGACUCAAACUCCACUCACAUUGUGUGUCCGAGUCAGGAGUCCUGCGUCUAUAACCCCAAUGGCGCCUUCCGCACCCUGUACCAGAGCUGAAACCCCUUGAAGACGGAGCAUGUAGGCGUCUCUGCCCGCCUCCAUGCACCUCCCCGCGCCUCUGCCUGCCUCCAUGCACCUCCUGCCCUCCUCCAUGCUCCUCUGCCCCAUCAGUCCACUUCCAUGCACCUCCGCCUGUUUCCAGGUUCUCUUAGUAAUGAAUAUCUUUGCUGGGCCGCAAAGAUAUUCAUUGUGGGCCGCGAGUUUGACAUCCAUGCUAUAGAGUAAUAGCUAAACUUUGUAUUUCAAAUUGGCGUUAUUUAAUGAGUUUGGAAUUAUUGCUCUUGUAUCCUAAGUUAUGUAAUUUCCUUGCCAAUUCUGCAUAAGUAUAUAUUUAGUGAAUAACCCCCAGCAGCUGAGUCUCUCAGCCUAAAGAGAAAUACUUUUAACCCCUUGAGGACACAACUUCUAGAAUAAAAGGGAAUCAUGUCGGAAUAUUUCCGUCAUGUGUCCUUAAGGGGUUAAAGCAGAUUGAUGCUAUAACUAUGGGGCUUGAUGGAUCCUUUUUUAAGGCAUACGCUAACAUUUAAACUAGAUACAUUUGUGUUUAAUGUUACUGCAUUCCUUAUUUAGAAUAUAGCCCCCACUCAUUGUAAAAUAAAAUAAAUAAAUAAACAUUGGUAAUUCUGCACUGGGCAGUAUCUAAAAUGAGAUUAUUAAGACAGAUGAUCUUAGGUCCAAAUUCCAAUUCAAUGCUUUUCUGAUUGAAAGCCACUAGAGGCAUCGCGAUUGACAAUUUCAAACUUCACCUUUUCUUACAUAUGCAUGUGAUGUUUGUUUUUUGCCAGAUUUGCAGUGACAUGUUCUAUACAACAAAACUACUACUUUACGAUUGACUAUUUAGAAUGUCAUAAUGUGAUGGGAAUUGGGUCUCCCAAAUAUCCACAGUGCCAAAAUUAGCUAAUUAUUUCUACAGUACAUCAUUUUCUCAUGCAGCACUUGUCUGCAUGUGUUUUCAAACCUCAGCUUCUGGAGUUUAUUCAGUGAAUUGAAAACUGAAUUGUACAAUUUAGAAUAAAAUUUCUACAACUCUGCUAUAGUCACAGAUGGGUAUUUAGACAAAAUUUAGCAAUUUGGAUUUCAAUUCACUGCAAUUCCGUAUUUAGUAAAUAAACCCCUUUGUAAGCUAAUGAAGUAUAUGAGUAAUACUACUAAUUCUUACUUCACUUAGCGUAGGUGUAACUGAUCUCAUUGUUUGUGUGUGUAUAUAAUUAUUAAAUUCCUGUUUGUGUUUUGUUAUUACGUAUGUUAUAUCAUGUUUCAGUCUGCUUCGUUGACAAAAGGCCAAGCUAUAAUUUUUCUAAAAAUACCUCAACCCUCCAAUUAAUUCACCCACACUGCAGCAUAUCAUGCAUGUAAAAUGUGAUAAAUGUGAUUAUAGAAAUAUUCUGUAUUUUUGGAAACUCAACAAAACCAUAACUUGCACACACAAAAUCCUUUAUUCACUAAACAGUGAAUUGUGAAGUGUAGCACAUUUCACCUGUAAAAAGCUGCAUGAACUAUUGAACUCAGCUAGUGUUUAGUUACCGGUACUAAACGGUGUAUUGAAAACUGAAUGACAAAAUGCAGACACAAAUAGUCAAGUUUCUAAAUCAGCUACUUUGGUCUAAAUAUUGCAAUUCCAUUUUUGAAUAACCACAAUGCAUUGUUUAGCAAAUAAAGCCCAAAAUCUAGUGACAACAUUCAUGAUUAUUCACUAGAAGAAUAGAAUGUGACGGCAUUCUAUGACGGCCCAUCUAGUCUGCCCAAUUUUCUAAAUACUUUUAUUACUCCCUGGCCUUAUCUUAUAUCUACGAUAGCGGUAUGGCUAUCCCACGCAUGCUUAAACUCCUUUACUGUGUUAACCUCUACCACUUCAGCUGGAAGGCUAUUCCAUGCAUCCACUACCCUCUCAGUAAAGUAAUACUUCCUGAUAUUAUUUUUAAACCUUUGCCCCUCUAAUUUAAGACCAUGUCCUCUUGUGGUUAAUUGGCUGGUUUAAAGCCAAAAUAGCUUGUUGGCUAUCUUUCUAGCUCAGUUAUUUGGGCCUAAACUGUACAAUUCACUUAUUAAUUUAUGAAUUAGUGAAUAACCCUGAGGGGGUUUUAUUCACAAUGAAUUGUGGCGAAUGAAAAUAUAUUUGCAAAAUAUGCUCCAUAGAAACUAAGUUUAAAAAAAUAAUAAAUAAAAUUUCUAUAAUGCAACGAUUUUGGCAUUAUUUAUUAUUAUUCCAGAGCUUAGUGGUCACUGACACUAUAAGCAACAUAAAAAGUACAUAUAUUUUUCUGUAAUCAAUGCCUAAGGUGUUUUUGUGUUUUGUUUUAAUGUUUUAUACAUCUAAAAUGUAUUUUAAUAUUGAGUACUUACAUUUUCUGAUUAUUUUGAGGUGUCAUUUAUUCCUUUUUAGGACACAAGGAACGGAACCCUUUGAUAAAAUGUCUUUAGGUAUUUCAGUCUCUUUACAGACUGAUACAAGUUGGCUUCAUGAACAUAAACAGGAAAAACAGUGUAAGUCUUUAUGUUACACAUGUAUAUUUACAAAUAAUACAUGGAACCAUUUUUAUUAUAAAAAGAAUGGUUUCUUUUUAUCCUGUCUAUUUCUAGUGUAGCCCUUUGUUAAGGACAUUUUAAAGUCACACAGAGCACUGCAUCUGAAUAAAGUGGACUGCAAUGGCCCUGUGGUUUUAACCCUGCAAUGUAAUACAUUGCAGUUUUGUAGAAACCACUAUAGCUGCUUCCGCAGCAACAACUGAGUUUCACUAUGUCAUGUGACUAAAUGCAACUCAUAGGAAAGCAUUUUAUUGAACAUGCAUGGGGUGCUCGCCGUACAUGCUCAUCUUGUUUCCAAUAUUCCCCCCAAUAUUAAUGGGCCAGUGCAGUGCUUGGCUAUUUACAGGGAGAGCUGAAAAGAUAGAGGUGAGAAGACUGGGCACCAUUUUGGCUACUCCACAGUCCCUCCCCUCUGUCUCUCCAGGCCUCCCACCUAUUGGCCCUUCACGAUUCCCUCCGCAUGUUGUGCCAGCAGAGCCUGGUGUUGGACAGCAGAGAAGAGAGCCGUGGGAGAAACAAUGAGAGCACGGCAGGACAGAACCGGGGGUGCCUAAGACCCCAGAGGACCGCUUUCUGUAUCCCGUGUGAGACCCAGCACAUAUAAGUGCCGGGGAAUGUGACAAUAAUGAAGUAGACUGGGGAAGAUGGCUUGUGUAGAGGAGGAAAGGAGUCCAAUUCAAGCUAGAUCUCGGAGGCAUACUUGAGAUGAUUGAAUGAGUCUUCAAAUGCAUUUAGUCAUGUGACUAAAUGCAACUCAUAGGAAAGCAUUUUAUUGAACAUGCAUGGGGUGCUCGCCGUACAUGCUCAUCUUGUUUCCAAUAUUCCCCCCAAUAUUAAUGGGCCAGUGCGGUGCUUGGCUAUUUACAGGGAGAGCUGAAAAGAUAGAGGUGAGAAGACUGGGCACCAUUUUGGCUACUCCACAGUCCCUCCCCUCUGUCUCUCCAGGCCUCCCACCUAUUGGCCCUUCACGAUUCUCUCCGCAUGUUGUGCCAGCAGAGCCUGGUGUUGGACAGCAGAGAAGAGAGCCGUGGGAGAAACAAUGAGAGCACGGCAGGACAGAACCGGGGGUGCCUAAGACCCCAGAGGACCGCUUUCUGUAUCCCGUGUGAGACCCAGCACAUAUAAGUGCCGGGGAAUGUGACAAUAAUGAAGUAGACUGGGGAAGAUGGCUUGUGUAGAGGAGGAAAGGAGUCCAAUUCAAGCUAGAUCUCGGAGGCAUACUUGAGAUGAUUGAAUGAGUCUUCAAAUGUCCUUCUUGAUUGACUUGAUCUUGGAAGGUAGACGUUUGAGAACUGCUGAAACUCAGUCGAUCAAGAAGCCGAGGAAUUUUAUGACCUGUGAAGUUCUGACUUUGUUUUGUUGAUGAUGAAGCAUGGGUUCUGUAGUAGGGAAACCGUCAGUUUGGUAUGGUGUUUGGAUUGGUGCUAGAAUAAGAAUAUCGUACAAGUAAUUUAUGGAUCUAUUACCCCAUGCACGGAUGAAGGCCAUGACUGGUUUCAUCAGCUUGGUAAGCGCCAUAGGGCUGAAUAGGAGCUGAUUAAAUUGCCAGAUUUCGCCAUUCCAAAGAAACUGGAGUAAUUACAGCACCUCAAGGUCGGGAGAAGCAGCUUGAGGUCAGAGGGUUGUUUUGGACUGGAAUUGAGAUAAAAUCGAGGUGGAAUCCAGAGCAAUGAAUGAAAGUGUAAAGUACUUAAAGGGACAUUACAGUCACCAGAACAACUACAGGCAUUUUCGAGAAAAGGCAGUGUUUACAUUUGGCAAGUUUAAUUACCUUUUAAGAGGGGAAAGGUGGGGCAAGCCACCUAAAUGGUGGUUUCAACACUAUAGGGUCAGGAAUACAUAUCUGUGUUCCUGACCAUAUAGUGUUCCUUUAAUUUUAAAUUGAAUCUUGAACUUUUCUAUUUUAAAAUGCACAGAGCAUCAAGCAUCAUUAUUUUAUAGGUAUGUGUACAAACAAAUUCUAUGAAAUACCACUUCACAUCAAACGGAUUAAAAUGGAAAGAUGUUUUUUUUUAUGUGGACAUCCAUCUACGAAAUCUAAAUUAUAUAGAAAAAACAGAUAACUCACCCAAGAUCCACGGGAACAGCAAGUAACUUGCCAAAGAAGCAUCCUUUAGUAGAUGCACAACUCGUCCAGGUUCUUCUUACUUAUGUUUUUUGUUUUUUAAAUUUUUUGUGUCCCCCUUAGUAUGGUGCUAUGUAUUGAUAAUUUAUUUUUACUUGUUAACUAGCGCAUACAAUAAAUUAGAAUAAUAAAGAAAAUGUUCCCAUGGAUCUCUUUUGGUAGGAAUUUUUGGGUACUUUUCAUUUGCAUCUUGUGAGCCAUAGUGCUUAUGUUGCUUGUGCUCCUUUAACUUUGAUAUAUUAAUAUUUAUGAAGGUUACACAUUAUAAGUGAUUCAUCAUAUUCUGAUAAUAACCUAUUAUAUCCUGUGAAUUCGUUUUUUUUUCUGUUAAAUUAUUGUAAUGUUGUAUGGUCAUUUUAUUUAAGAGUGUGUAGCUAUCAUAGGAAUAAAUAUCGGUUGGCUUUGGAGGCUGGAGCCCCAGAUGUGGGUUUCUUAAGUCCCAGCUCUCUACAGCUGGUAGAGAAGGCAGGGGGACAUUAAUGUUUUGAUUACUUUUUAAAAAAAAUUUGAGAGGGGAUGCUAGGUAAAAUAACUAUGUUAGGUAGUGUGGCAUGAUUCAUUGAACAGCUAGUUGUGCAUAAUGUGCUUGUUUUCAGAUCCCAGAGAGCAUGGGUAGAUAGGAGAAGAAUAACACUGAAAGGCGGACAUUUGUCAUGACACGUAGCUGCCCUCUGUCAAUGUAGGGAUCAUUGAGUUUUCCUUUGGGCUAAAGCCUAGCAAUGAUCCUGAUAGCUAUACUAAGACUUACAUUUAAAGUAAUGAAUUAUUACAUUCAGAAUAAGAGAGGAAAUACUCACAGCUACUGUAAAACAUGUGUUCCUUUUUUCAGCUACUGACUCACCAAAAUAUGCAACUCCACCUGCCAGCGAUUCACCAGCAAGUGACCAGGAAGAUGGUAAGAAACGAAUCAAAUAUAAAGUUACAAAGGGAUUGAUUCACUGCAAAGCAAGUUGGGAUGAUUUGAAAGUGACUUGCAAAGUUUAUGUUAAAAUAUUGAUAUUAACGAAUUGCAAAAAAUCUCUGUCUCAUUUAAAUGGGUCUAGAUUUUUUUAACUUGUUGUUUAUCGAACAGACCCAGGGCCGGACUGGGAAGAAAAUUCAGCAUUUCUUUAUUACAGCGGCCCACUAAAAAGGGGGCGGAGCCAGAUAGGUUUUUUUUGUCAUCACCAAUGACAAACAUGCCCCAUCAAAAAGUGAGCAUGUUGGUUCAAUGCUCUUCCAGGGCAGACCAUGCGCAGGGCUCUGCUGAAGAGCUCUAGCAUGAGAAAAAGACCUUGUAUUUGUUCUGCACAGCGCAAGCAAAUUUUAUAUCAUGCUUGCACUGUGUUUGCUUGAAAUCUGUCUCUGGUGUCUCCAUAGAUGGGAUACCAGGAGACAAAAAUGCCAUGAAAGAGUAUUGUGCAGUGUGUGUGUGAGUGUAAGGGGUGUAGUGUGUGUGCAAGAGGGGUGCAGUGUGUGUGAGGGAUGUAGUGUGUGCCUUGUGUGAGUCAUGGGUGCUGUGUUUGCGUGAGGGUGCUAUGCUGGUAAGGGUACUGUGUGUGUAAGGGGUGCACUGUGUGUGUGCUGUGUUUGCGUGAGGGUGCUAUGUUCGUUUGAGGAAACUGUGAGUGUCAGGGGUGCAGUGUGUGUGUGAGGGUGCUGUGAGUGUCAGGGGUGUAGUGUGUGUGUGCGCGUAAGGGUGCUGUGAGUGUCAGGGGUGCAAUGCGUGUUAGGGUGAUCCGUGUGUGUGUUAGGGUUGUAGUGUGUGUGCAAGGGAAGUGUAGUGUGUGUGUGAGGUUGCUGUGUGGGUAAGGGUGCUGUGUGUGAGGGGUGCAGUGAGUGUGUGCUGUGUCUGAGUGAGGGUGCUAUGUGCAUGUGAGGGUGCAGUGUGUGUGCUUGAGAGUGAGGGUGCUGUGAGUGUCAGGGGAGCAGUGUGUGUGUGUGUGUGUGUGUGUGAGUGAGGGUGCUGUGAGUGUUAGGGGUGCAGUGUGGGUGUGUGAGUGAGGGUGCUGUGAGUGUCAUUUUUUUCUAAAUGACUGGACCUCUUAAUCACAUUCAUUCAAUCACAAACAUUUAAUUGCAUUGUUACUGUUGCCCUAUACCACUCUGGAGUGGAUCACUUAAAAGCUGCUGUGCAGUUUGCUGAAACCAGAACUUAAAUUCCAGUUUAUGAAGAGGAUGUAUUGGAUGGGCAAUAACUUUCCAAGUAUUGGUAGCAGGUAUGCUGGUACUGUGCUUUGUGAGUCGUUUUCUAAAUAAAUAAAUAUACUUGUUCGCUAGCCAUCAUGCAUAAAUACUGAAGUCAGCAACUAUAGGUUUAUUUCAAUGUCCCUCAAAAAUGCCAUGGAUUUAAUUUUAAAAAUGUAUAUUACUUUCGUUGGGAAGACUCUAUAUGGCUACAAACUAUGAUGCUAUAUUAUUGUACUUACAAUAUAAAAUGUGGAAGUAAUGAGGAAAACGUGGUGCAAGUUGUAACAUUGGUGUGUGUGUGAGAGAGCGAGGGUGCUGUGAGUGAUUAUAUUCCCCCCUCCCUUAUUACCGUUUGCCUGGGAGGGGGGAUCGUGCUACUGCCAUCCAUCCCCGGUGGUUCAGUGGUAAGUGAACUCUAGCCUGUGGAGCUAGAGUUCACUCUUGCGAGGUUCUCCGAGUUCUCCAGGUUCCUCUGCUGUCAGGCUGUCUCCCUCCCUCUCUCCCCCGCCGGCAGCUGGAAUAUACUACAUGUGGGCCGGUGAGGGAGAUCUUUGAUCUUUUGGAUAGUGCCGGCCCUGCAUAGACCAGCAGGGGAGGUCCUGCCUUCCUCGGCCCAUGGCCACCGCGGCCCACCGGGUAUUUGCCCGGUGUGCCCGAUGGCCAGUCCGGGCCUUAACAGAACUUCUAAUUAAUAUCAUACUGUGAUUGAAGCGGUUUUAUCUCGUGAUUGCUAACAAUAAUAUUUAAACUUUCUUAUUGUUUUCAGAUCUGUACUCCUCUUUAUCAGAUGACCUAAGUGAGUUGAGCAUUCUUUGUGACAUGGAGGUAGAGCAUUUUCAGAUCUGUUAGUUAUCGCUUGCAUAUCAGACUGUUGCCUUUGGGAAAUAAUAAUAAUUAUAAUGUUAUCUAUGCAGUUCAGCUCAGACUACAUGACUUUUUUUGAGGAGCAACUUAAGACUUUACCUAGAGUUGGGCCACCUACUAUAUUCGCCUACAAGAGAGAAUCCUCUGAGACUGAUAGACAUCUGGCAAUGUCAAAGGUAUUUUUAUUUACAUUGCAAUUAAUUUGUUAUACAUAUAUUCUAUAAGGUUUAAAAUCCAUGACAUUAUAUUCUAAAGAAAUAGCUGUUAGGCAGAUGUAUUAGUUUUCUUUAUCUUGGGAGUAUUUUGUUUUUAAAGAGAAAAAAACUAUGUAAAAUUAAUCCACUGUGUGGCUGUGUCAUAUCAACCAGCCUAAUGAAGUGGUUAUGAUGCCAGGAGUUCCCUGGUGUCCUCCCAAAGGACCUCUUAGAACGAAUGUAUUCACUGAACUAAGCAGGUCUAACAUAGGACUUUGCUCAGAUGACAUUCUCAACUAAUGAGCACAGCACUGCUUAGUUCACUGGAGUCAACCAAAUUCUCCUUGCCAGGAGAAGUUGGAAGCAGUUUGCAGACCACAGGUGCCGGGCAGAACCCAGGUAAGUUGUUAAACUGAUCUAAAAUAGUUUGAUAAAUUAUUCUGGGUGAUUCUGGGUGAGUUCCAUGGCAUUCCUGGCAUCAUAACCACUACAUUGGGCUGUAGAAGUUAUGGUGCAUAGAGUGUUCCUCUAAUUUUGCAAUUUAGAUCUGUUUAGUGACGAGAUUCCAUUAUGGUGAUUACAGUUUACUCCCUUGAGAGAAGUUACUCUGAAUUUAUCUAUUACAUUGAACAUAGCAACCUCUUGGUAUCAACACUGGCAUCGCCUAUACUGUAGAGAGAUAGUGUGGUAUGAUAAAUAGGAUCCUGGUUAAUAACCAGGUCCUGUUACAAACAGAAUACAUGCAGUCAUUUCAAUGAAAAAUCUUAAUUACAAAAUGUUGGAACAUUCGUCAAUAUGUAUGAAUACAAAUAAGCACAGAAUAAAGUACUCUAAAAGGUAAUCAACAUUUCAAGUGCCUUGUGAAGCCACGAACAGAAAUUAUAAAAUGAGAAACCAAACUAAAUAAAAAUAGAACAGUUCAGUUAGAAGUAAACUAAAUAAAGUCAUUGCCAGCCUACUGCUCUGCGACCCCUUUCCUAAACAACACCAAGGAAUUGCUUGAGAUUAAGGAUAAAUAAUAUCUAUUGGGUAUUGAUUCCUAAGGGGUCGUGAUCCGCCACCACCGCUGCCAAAAACCAUGCCGUGUACUCCAGAGUGAUUCUCACCUUGAUCUUAAAGAAUCAUCCAGAGUAAGAAUAUAUGGUUUCCAAGUCAAAAUACCUUUCCUGGCAAGGAGUUCUUUAUUGGUCAGAGUGUCUAACCAAUCCAUUUUAAAUAUGAAUUGAGUUUGAUUAAGAAUAAUUGUAAAUUGCGUGCACUCAGCUGGUUCCAGACCUGAAGAAUGUUUUGCAUCCAACUGCUGCUAUUAUAAGGAAGAAUCAUUUAUUGGGUAAGAGAUAACCUGCUUAGGGUCCCAAUUGCAAAAAUUUGGGGGGAGAGUGGAAAAGUGGGCAUUCCACCUUUGUCUUAACAUGAUUUCAGUUUGGCCCAAAAAGACUGGAUUAGAACACACUCCCACAGACAGCGAUACAUGUCAGUCCUGAUGUGUGCACACUUUAAACAGGUGGCAGUCUACAUUCUAGCCAUAAGGUGAAGUCUGUGGUGGGAAUAAUAAGCAUUCUGUAGGAGUUUAAGGAACAUGUCCCUAAAGGAAACCAUGGGCAAUAUUUGACUUUGAAUAGAAUGUGCAAAAGUAUGUCUUCUGGACUUAUGUCAGGGAAAUGCAUCCUCCACUUCCCUAUCCCCAUCUGUAGACUGCUCCAAUCUCAGGUGUAUCGUAAUAGCAUGUAAAGUUUUCAAAUGGAAUAGGACGCAGAAUCAGAGGAGCAUAAUAUGGCAUCCAAAGGGUUUUCCCAGACAGGAGUAAAAUUCUGUGUAAUAGUAUGGUAGUAGUGAUGUACUUGAAAAUAAGUGAACAAUGGUAGUAGAAGGUCUGGUAAACGCUCCCUGAGCUCAGCGACACUGAUAUAUAUAUUAUUUUUAAAGACUGUGAUACAAUGAUCUUUUAUGAAAUAGAAGCUAUUAAGACUGUGAUAGCAGUAAAAGGCUUUCACGAGCAGAUAAUGUGAGAGUUGUCAUAAAUGCACAAUUGCUGGUAGAUAAUAGUCAACUGAUAGGGGCUCUCUAUUUUCUUAUUUACUAAAAUGCUUGACCUUUAAUCUUGAAAGCCUUGCAUUUGCUUUAGACAAGCUUCAAUCCAUUUGCUUUGUCAUUCUAUUCUAUUCCCUGGUAGAUUAUUGUUCCAAAUGUACAUCAGUCUUAUUGCACAAAAUGCAUGCAUGCAUAACCUUGCUAGUCUUUUAUUAUCUAGCUUCAGAUUGCAUAUCUUUGUCCUGCAUCACUUAAUUCUUCUCUUUAAUGCCAACUAAAUUAACUAGAUGCUUUUAACAUAGUGAAUUGUUUGAUUAAAUAGCCAGAACACAACUUACCUCUGCAACACUUUCAUGUCCAAAGCAACGACAUGGCUCCAUAAGCAUCUCUAGAAAAAUGCCUUGUAAGCACAUGUGUGCUUGGGCCAUCUUUCCAGUACAGCCAGGUAAACCAUGUAAAAUAAAAUAUAAAACCGUUUUAAUAAGUAAAAAGAAUAGCGGAGCACAUAGUUAUGUUUUAGUUAGCUACUUGGUUGUAAGGAAAACAAUAUAACAUUUGCACUUUAAAGCAGGGCUCGACAAAUCCCAGGCGCAACAAAUAGUAUAUGAAAUAUAAAUAUAUUAUAAAACACUACGCGUUUCACCUUGGGGUUUCAUCAGAAGUGUUUCCCACACUUCUAUUAAAACCCCAAGUAAAGUGUGGUUUUAUAGUAUAUAGGAGUAAUACUAUCACUGCUGCAAUAUAUCCUUAGACAGGGAUUAUACCAUCCACGCUGAAAACAGCAGAGCUCUCAGUAGCUCUACAAAGUGCGAGUGUUUCCCUGCUACACUAUUAUACUUGAGCCUAUUAUUUAAAAAAUUUCACCAUUUUAUGUAUUUUGUUUCCUUUCUCUUUUGAGAUACCUCGACUGACACUGCAAAGUAGCAAGGAAUACAUCUCAUGAGAACAACUCACAAACAACUAAUUCAGUUUAGCACAUCUAACAACCCGGGAUUCCAUGAAUAUCAUGGAAGCCUUUAUCAAUUACACAGCAGCUUUUUAUCACAAACCAGUUUAGUGUUCUGAAUCAUGGUUCUUAACACCUUCUACAGGGUAUGGUACCGUCACUAAUGCACCUCUGCUGUCCAACGUGCUGUCAGAAAGAGUCCUAUAUAUACACAAAAUAGCUGACUCUUGGCUGCACAAUGGAAUCAACCCACAAGGUUAAAUUCAAAUAUAGGCCUCGAUUUAAUGUGUUUGCAUAAGCUUUUCAAGUGAUUCAAUAUUUUAAGAUAUCACUGCCUUGCUCUUUUGUCCUCCAAUACAAAUAGUUAUAUUUGUUCACGGCUGCUAUAAUUAAGCGUGAAAUAUUUUUACACUUUUUGUAAGUUUUUAGGAAAAAAAAUUAAUUUAAAGCUUGCCAAACCUGUCCUAGAUUUUCAGUCUUAUUGCACUUUACAUUCAGUACAAACCCGGACACACUAUUAAUGUUAAUAGUUAAAUAAGAAGUAAACAAUACAUUUCUCAUUGUUAUUGUGUAUAAGAAACCCUGGAUUUGCCAUUUCACUUGUUCACUAAAUAGUAAACCACAAACAUUCCUACUUCUUCAGCUGCCUGAGUGCAGGCAUGUUGCUGAAGUUGUACUUGCUUAUAUAUUGGCCCAGUAUAUUAUUUUGCCCAGUGCUACCACUUCCUGUUCCAUAGAUGGUCAAGUACUGUAUCAUGACCACUUUACAAGCAGUAAUAGAACAUGAGCCCAUUAAUGGUAGACCUAUUGUCAGGUAGGAUUUUUCCAAAUAGGGCAUAAUAGAAGCUGCAGGAACGUUUUCAAAGUUUCUCAAAGGUGACAAAUGCACUUUUGUUUUUUUUUACUAAAGUGAAAGUUGCUGUGAAAUCAAAGAGAAUUUCAACGUUUAGGAAAAAAAAUUUGACUUUAAAUUUAAAAUGUACUUUGAAAUCCCUGCAUUUCUCACGUUAACGAAUAACCCUUUUGUUUUUGUGUGAUGAAACUCUGCAGCUUAAUUCUGAAAACUUUUGGUUCAGGCAAAACAGGUCAUGUAAAACUAAAUUCCUUAAAAGAUGCUUUAAUUCUCUGUUUAUAUGUUAUAUAUAUAUAUAUUUUUUAUUAAGGUUUUAAAGGAGAAGUCAGAAAAUGAAUUGUGUGAAUUUUGUGGAAAUCCACUGAAGCCAUUCCCUGUUCACUAUCCUAAGGAUAUGUAUUUCUCUGAUGAGGUAAUAUAAUUCUUAUUCGAUUUUUUUUAUUUUUUUUAUUAGAUCUAAAGCAGUAAAAUAUCAAAUAUGAGCAAACCAUGGGAACAUUAACAUUAAAAUUAUUACAAAACAUUUAAGACAACACAUAAGGAGCCUGGGAUCCCUACCUAGAGUUUAUAUACAUAUAUGUUCAUAAAUGUAACUUUUAUGAUAUUGAAGUUUGUAUAACAACUGCAGUAAGUAUUACCUUUAUUUAAAAAAAAAAAAAAGCAAAAACCAUUUAAUCUACAUUGUAAAAUUUGAACAUAGAUAACACAUACAUAGCAUAAAGCAGUAUAUAUGCCCUUGCCUUGAUUUUGCAGGCUAUCAUUGUUGCACUUGGUCCAUGACUGCGUGACCUAUGAGCUUACACAAAAUAACUCCCAGGGUUAUUCACUAAAGUGAGAACUCAAGGUGAAUUCACAUUGAAUUUCAAUUUUAAGGUCAAGGUAGCCAAACUGGAAAACAUCUCUAAAUCACCUAUGCUUUCCAUUCAGCUACUCUGGCCUUAAAUUUGAUUAAAUUCACUUGGAAUUCACUUUGGAACCUUGUAAUUUGGUAGCUGGGACAUUAGACAGGGUUGAGGAGUAAUUAUGAGAUUAGUAAGGAGGAUUGUGUUAAGUAAAUUGAUGGAGAAGAGAGGGAUGGCAGGUGGAAUUUUGACAUGAGGAAUUCUGUGUAAUAUUAACAGAUGGGAAAGUAGUAGGUAAGUACUAACAGAUUGUGAAUGCCAGCAUGUUUUAUAAAUAGAACUAAGGAGUUUGUGGUUAUUGUCAGGGACAGAGAAGUACGCAAAGAUGGCCCUGAAAAGAGCAGUAAACUGUUUUACUUUAACAAGUAAUGUUUCAAUAUGAAACAGACUGCUGAUAAUCUUUUGAAGAAUUCAGUGAUGUAGUUUGAUGAUCUCUCGAAACAAGUGUGGAAUUGAGUAAUAGUGAGUCUGAUAAAUUUCUAGAUUCCUGAACUUGAGUCAACAUUUUGAAUCCAAUAUGUUAAUAUGUGUUCAAUCUAUACAGUGCUGCUAUAAAAACACCUUUAGUACUGCUACCCUUAGUACUCGAAAUUAAACACAAACAAUACAAGCAAUAUGGUGAAAGCGCACACAAUGAUUACCAUUCAUUUGUAUGGUAACAAGAUCUUUCACUAUAGUGCUUGUUCUGUUUGAUGCUUAUACCAGGGAUGUAUUUACCACAAGGCAAAGAAGGCAUUUGCCUAGGAAGGCACUUUAGGGGGGGGGUGUGUGAGUGUAGCGGUCAGUGUGUGUCUGUGAGUGAGUGAAAGAGUGUGUUUGUCUUUCAGUGAGAAUGGGUGUGUCAGUGUGUGUAUGUCAUUUUAUGUGUAUCUGAGAGUGUGUGCCUGUCAGUGAAUGUGUGUCAGUGAAAGUGUGUGUUGGUGUGUGCCAAUGACUAUAUGUGUGUGACAAUGACUGUGUAUCUGUCAGUGAGUGUAUAUCAGUGCAUGUAUCAAUGAGGUCAGUCAAAAAAGUGGCCUUGACACGAAUUGGGGGGUCAAAUUUAGAUUUUGGGGGUGCCCGAAUUUAGUCUUGCCUAGGGCAGCACAAAUCCAAAAUACACCACUGGCUUAUACCUACUAGUGCUUGCUGUAAUGAAACAAGAAGUCUUUUUGGUGAAGUUAUUAUGUUUUUUUAUUAAACUGUUUUCAAGAGGACUGGGGGAAAAAAAAGAGAUCACCCAAAGCCCAGCCCCUCACAGCCUUUCAAGAUAUUGUAGAAGUUCCACAUCCAAUACAUUUUAAGUACACUUCUGUCUGAGCUUGGAAAACAAUGUUAAAUAGUCACUGUAGGCACCAUCACAAUGUUAUGUUGCUUACAGUACCUCUUUAAUGGUUUACUCUAAGCACCAUGCCCACUGCAGUGUUUUGAAGUGGUCAUGGUGUUUGGAGCCUGUAUGACUCCAAACACUAAACUCCAUGACUCCAUGACUCCUCUCCUGCAACUGUCAAAAAUUAUCUACUAAGCCCUCAGCGAAUACUUUUCUAACUCCCUCUAGCAUGCAAGCUCAUCUAGCAGGGCCCUCCACCUCUCUGUUCCUGUACGUCGAGUUGUCUGUUUACAAUUAAAUGUCUGUUAGUCCACCCUUUGUACAGCGCUACGGAAUCUGAUGGCGCUAUAUAAAUAAUAAAAUAAUAAUAAUAAUGUGCACCAUUUCAGUUUACAAAGAUGUAGCACAUUGCAAUUGUAACUCCACCUCUGGUAGCACCAUUAGCUACCCAUCUAAUAUUAAUUAAGUGCAUAAACAUCUUCUGUCAUCUACAUGCAUAGCAUGGUGGCAGUGAUUGCACAACCCCUCCUCCCCCUCAGGAAUCCCAAAUUAUUUUAGCCCACUUUCCAGGAUGUCCUUCCACCGUGCAGUGAGAGGGAAUGACUUCACUGGCGGAGGAUUGGUAUGCUGGGGGAGUAUGGAAUCAAGAGUAAGUUUAUCCAUUAUUUUCCUUAUUUUUCUUUUAUAAGGAGGCCAUGCCAGCAAGGCUUACUCCAUCCAAGAAUGGUGUUUUAACCCCUUAAUAUUUCACAUUGAAACAUGAGAACAUUGAAAUUUACCUAUGCCCAUUUCAUGCCAUGACAGAUGUCUCAUGGUUAGUGAUAUUCCUGUACGUUUGGGAGAACACUCAUUGCAUUAGCUACUAUUACACAGCUGUGGCUUGAACAAUGAAGAGAUUAUGCUCAGUAGAAGCUUUGCGUUUAUCUAUUAUUUUUAAGUUUUAUUAUUUUUCAGAUUCUUUAUUUUUGCAUGCUUGCGAGAAAUACAGGAUCUAAAAGACAUUUUAGCCAGAAUACAUAUAAAGGACCACUAUAGUGCCAGGAAAACAAACUCGUUUUCCUGGCACUAUAGGGUCUAUAGGUCCCACCCACCCUCAGGGACCCACUCCCGCUGGCCUGAAGGGGGAGGAAGGGGUUAAACACUCACCUUUCUCCAGCGCUUGGCUCCCUCGGUGCUGGGGAAAUCUCCUCCCUCUUCCGACGUCAGCGCUGAAUGCGCAUGCGCAGCAAGAGCCGCGCCCACAUUCAAUCAGUCCAUGGGAAAGCAUUUCUCAAUGCUUUCCUAUGGACGUAAGUGUCUUCUAUGAGACAGCCACUAGAGGCUGGGUUAACCCUAAUGUAAACAUAGCAGUUUUUCUGCAGGGUUAGCCCUAGAUGGACCUGGCACCCAGACCACUUCAUUGAGCUGAAGUGGUCUGGGUGCCUAAAGUGAUCCUUUAAGACUUAUUGACGUAGUAUAGCUUAAUAUGUCAUGAGAGAACACUGCACAUUUUAUAAUAGAAUAUCAAGAAGGUGCAACAAGCUUGUUUUUUUCAGAGAUGUGAAAGAAAUACAUGCUAUUGACAUUGAAACAUUGUACAUUGCUAACUCACUGCAUUGGACGAGACGGCAAGAAAAAGGGGAAACAAAGGUUAAAACAAUAUCAUAGUGAGAAUUUCUUGUGCCAUUUAUCUAGCGAUGCUAGCUAUGCAGCAUUUGCCAACACGAGACGUUAGUGUGGCUCAGACAGCGGGCUCAGAGUCCAUGUCAGCCAAUCCCCAUAGGAAGCCAUGGUAGGACGCAGCUGUGCGAGUGCUUUGGAGUAUCCAUAGAGCUGCACCAGAGCGGGGAUCCCCUCCAGCCCCAGGCCCAAGGAAGAGCGGGCAUCUUCAAGCCACGAACUUGGAGUCCGAUGGGUGCCAAGUUUAUCACCUUCUGGGGACGGUUGUUAGAUAGCCAAUGUCGCUGGCUGUGGUUGAUUUUCGGCCUACGUGGUCGAUGCUUAGAGGCAAAACGUCUUGAGGCUCUUGGCCUGGGAUGGCAAACAUUAAGGAAAGCAGGUGCUUGCGUAGUCAAGGAGCCUUGAGUGGUACCACCCGUCUCUGGAGCACCAAGCCUGUGGCUGCCCUGCCCUUACGCGGUGUGGUCACUGAGGCUGCCAGGCGUGCCAAUAUUCUGAGCCAGAAGUUCUGGAAUGUGGCAGCCAAGCGUUGCAUUAUGGUUUCCAUAGAUACAUCAUGGGGACUUUGAUUUAUGUAAAGGCCUUGCGUGGCUGGAUUAGGCCCAAUUCGCCCUCUUGGUGAGGCCUGGUAAUUGAGUUGCCGCUGGAAUUCGACUUUGGGUCAGAGGUAAGUGCAGCAGUGACUGCCUGAUCGGCUUCAAUGCAGACCGGGAUAUCCCCCACCGGUCCAGUGGGGGAGUGGGGGGGUUAAGCAGCAAGUCUGUACCAGGAUCCGUAGAGUGGAGAUAUCGUCCGCCUCUCCCCAGCUCUGCUCCUAGUAGGCCACGGCAAAAGUGUUCGGGUUCCCAGAGGCUUAGAAAGUCGAGCGAAGGCUUAAUGUGUAGGUCUGGGAAACCCUUAAACCCGUGGAGCACUGGAACGUUAGUCACAGCUGAUGGGCCAAGGAUUAAACCCCAGAACUUGCCCAAUGACCAGGAGCUUGUGCGCCAUGCUCUGCCCCAUCUAUUAUUUUUUUGUAAUUAUUUUUGCAUGCUUUUAAUAGGUUUUAAGCAUAAUUAAUUAACAGAAGAGGCCAGCUACAUCCUGGAGUGGACUAUUAAAUAAAUAUAUGUACAGCUCUAAACAUGCGAUAUAGAUUGGAUUCAGUAAGAAUUAUGCUGUUUUUCUUUUCGUUGUUAAUGAUUGGCCCCUAGAUAAUAGAUUUAGACGAAGUCAAAGUGCCGAAGCAAUUUCAUAGCUCUAUCUGGCACACUGAGAGCAAACAUUCCUAUGGAUUUUAAUUUAGCAGGUUUCACAUAUUUCCAAAGAUCUGCAUGUAGAGUCUGGAAGAGAUCUUUUCAUAUGACAACAAUGGGGAAAAUGUCAUUGCUACAAGAUUAGCCAGGCCUUCAUAGAAUUCAAUUGAGUUUAUUGACUAAACAGUGCAGUGUGGAGAAUUGCAAAAUAGAAUUAAGUAUUGAGAUUUCUGAGAAUAGAGUUACAUUUCCCAUUUCAGUUUUAGUUGCAUACAAUUCACUUUUGGUGAAUAAAUCCCAAUGCAAAUUUUUUUUCCUCAUAAGGCUUUUAAUGAUCAUAAAAACUAGUUUUAACACAUUAUUUUCAGAGGAGGUCUUUGGUCCAGUACCGAGCUAUGGCCUUGAUUUAAUUUUGUUUGAUGAGCUUUUCAAUUGAUUUAAUAUUUUCAAAUACAUUUUUAAAAUAUAUUUUUUUUUUGUAAAAAAUUGAAUAUAGGAUUUAUCAUACAUAAAAAAAUAUCUGUAUACCAAAAUAUCGAAAUAUUAUAAAAAAAAUAUUUUUAAUUGUAUUAAAUUAUUCUUAAAAGUUUAUUUCAAAAUAUUAAAUCAUUUGAAAAGCGUAUCCAACAAUAUAAAAUCAAGACCUAUGUUUGUUUGUGACCUGAUACAUAGCAUUUUUGCAUCCCAGUGCAUUUUUUUCAUUCUCCUGUUCAAUUUAUCGACCUUUGAAAUGCUUCUUAUUAUUUUGUGUCAAGUCUUUAUCCUUUAUAUAUUGACUGUUCAAAGAAAUAAAUAAAAAUCAUUUAAAAUUUGACCCUCAAUCAGCCCAUUAAAACUGAGAAUCAUUUUGAAACAGAGGGAUAUUUCUUCUUGAUUGCUUCAAAUCUUUGGGUCCUUAAAGUUCCUUUUCAGCAGUCUUUUAAAAAAAAAAAAUCUUUAUUUUUGCAGUGCAUUGCAUGAGCCAUACAUAAAACAGUAUUUUGCGUAAUAGAGGUUCCGAUAUAUAACAUUGCACGGGUAGGUGGCAUUGAGUGACUGCACCAUUUUUAAAUGUUAUACAUGCUGUAAACGUGCACCUAGGUCCUGCUGUACAUGAUACAUCUUAUCUUGUUUGGUUAUAGGUGUGGGUCGCUUAGUCAGUCCUAGCAUCCUUGACCCAUGUGCUGGGGUGCUAAAUAGGGGGUGGUACGUCCGUGGUUAUUGCACACUUGGGUGUAAAGAUAUUUGAAGUGAGAGUGUCUUGUGAGCAUAGUGGUGAGUGGACACAGUUGUGUGACCUCUGAGGUGUGUAGAUAAUCGGUUGUAGCUUCUCCUUCUUGCUGCUACGCAAGUUGGUGAUUGUAUUCUAUGGGUGAAAGGUACUUCUAACCACGGGAGUUGCUGGGGGCGGAGGGGAAAGGGUGGUAAGAGUGUUCUUGUCGUCCUUCUAUAUGUUUGGCGGACUACCUUGUCCAGGGUUAGUUGGCCAUCUAUGUGUGUCUAGUGUUGUGUCUUAGGGGAUGAGCCAUACUGAACAUGUAGUGUCAUACAUUUAAGGUCAAUGACAAUAUUAGGUUAGUAAUGAAAUUAGUUCCAACGAGGAAAAUAGCAUCAACAAAAAAAGAAAACAUUAUAUAAGUCAAUUCAUCAGAAAGGUUGAGAAAACUUUAGACUUGUUAAGGUAAAGUUUGGGUCUGGAAUAGGGUCCCUUCCAUAGGUUCUUGUGCCUUGCUGUCAGCCAGUCCCCUACAGCUGUCUUGAUUACGGGGCCUGGGGGCUCCUGUUCUUUGGGACAAAUGGUGUGGCAUGUUCCAGGUCCCAGUUAGCAGUAGUGGGUCUCGGGGGCGGAUUAGCGGUCAGGAGCUCAAGUCCCAGGAUCUCUAAGAGUGUGGGUGCCUCUUCCAUCGAGGUAAGCGUGUGAUGGGUUCCGUUUUGGUGUACCACCAGGGAGCCUUUUGUCCCCCAUCUAUAAGUUAUGCCUGCCGACCUUAGUCUGCUAGUGAGAGAGCUGAAAGUUUUACGCCACAUGAGGAUGGCUUUCGUGAGGUCUUGGAAGAAAGUCAGGCUAGCGCCCUCAAAAGUCAAAGGUGUUUUACCUUUUAGAGCGGACAUGACCUGUAUCUUGUCAUGGACCGUUAGGCACCUGAGUGUCACAUCUCUGGACACAUUUGAAGUCGCCUUUGCUGAUGUGGGAUGGCGAUAUAUCUCCUCUGUUACCAUUCUCUUUACUAUAGCGUGAAGUAAGAUUGUGGCCAGUAGGUGUUUUGUGUAGUGCGGCAGUUCGUCUUGUAAGAUUUCCACCGGGAUGCCCCUUAUUUUUAUGUUUGUGCGCUGUUGACGUUCCUCCAUGGCCGUCUGCUGUGCCAUCAUGGCUCUUUGUUGUGCCCAGACUUGUUGCGCAGAUUCUUGGAGCUCGGCUAGGUGGGACUGUAUGUCUGUGAUGUGUUUUUCGGAUGCUUGCACCCUGUCUGUGGUGGCUAUGAUAUCUUUUUUGAUAGGGGAAAAAUUCUGCGGCUAGGAUUUUGUGGAAGUCCGACAGUAAUAUUUUCAGGUCGUGCCUGGAUGUUGGGGUCAUGUCUGCUGGAGGUUCGGGUUCUGAUUACCGCUCUAUUUGAGUUUCCAUGGUUGUUCCUGGCUCCGGUUGUUCCGUGUAGUGUGUCACGUAUUCAUCCACUUAUAAAAAUGUGGUUAAUGGCAUUUACUGUCCACACAUGAAAAGUUGUGCCGAGCAGCAACCAAAUCCACAGAAGGGUUAAUGCUAAGCAGCAAUUAUGCAAAUGAAACCUGGUAACUGACUUUGGGGUCAAAGGCCGGUUACAGCCUAUCAGAACUAAAGGAGGGGUAUUUAGGCCCAGUUCUCAUCCUGCUCAGUGCCCUGUCGUGGUUUCCCUUGUGGUUGUCCGAGAGCAUGUUAUUGAUUUUGGUUAUUCUGGUUAUUUGACUUUGGCAUUGUUUUUGACAUGCCUGUUUUCUGGCAUCCCUGACUCCUGGCUUUUCAUUAUUUGGGGAGGCACCGUCCCGUGUUUGUCUCGUCUCGUAGCCGCUGAAUAUUUUCUCCAGGCCUGGGAGUGUCAUAUUUUCUCCAGGCCUGGGAGUGUCAGCGUGGGGUAGGCCCCGAUUUUCCGCCUCCGCUUUAGCUGGGUGGAUCCGCAAAGAAUGGCAUCUAUCGCCUCAGGAGGAGGUAGGGAGUCUUGCUGGUGGCUUUGUAGAGCUGGAUUGGCUUAUGGUAGUGAGAUUUUCCUCGGAUUGUAAAAGUUUACAGAGAAGCCUGCAUGAAUGGCGUCCGUUCAGCUCGAUGGCCAAGCUCCGCCCCCCUUCAGCAGUCUUUUUAUUUUAUCAAGUUCACUUGAUGUUCCGAGUGACUUUAGUAUUGGGAGAUCUGUAAGGUGUAAUAGUAUCACCUUCAAUACCGAGUUUAAUACAUUUAAAGUAGUUUUAUAAACUAGUAAAUUAUGGCAAAUUGACAUACAAGAUGCCACAUUUAAAUCAAAAUAGGAGAGAAUAGCAAAAAAUUAGAAAAUUUCUAUUCUUGGUCUCCAUAUUGUAAUUAUGUUGCAAUUUACCAUAAUAUGUUGUCCCUAAGUCAUUUUGACAGGACCAUAUCUUAGGAUCCAGUUACAUGCGUGUAAAUAAUUCCCAAAUUAUUUCCAUAAAAACAAUUAUUAAUGUCUUAUUUUUUCCUUGUUAAAAUGUUGGACGUUCUACAGCUUUCUUCUUAUUUUCAGUAUAUGGUUCUUUUUCAGCUUUUUUGCUGCAGUAAAUUUAAGAAUAUGUUUGAGCUCCUUUUCAAAGAGCAAAUGCACCUUUUUAAGAAAGAUUCAGUGGAGAAUAUUUCGAUUGCUCCUCAUGAACCUUAUGGCAGUGAAGCAGAAAGACAAAAAGCAAAGGCAAAAGCUGCGGAAAGGUAUUUUUUUUUUCUUUCUUUAGUAACUUGCCUGUUCACUAUUUCCCACACGUUAUUUCAGGAUGAAUGAUCUCGAUGAAGUGUUGUGUGUAUGUAAACAUUGUCAUAUUAACAUACUCACUCUUCAUGAAUUAUAUAAAUAAAAGAAUGAUCUGGAACAUUUCUUGGUGACAUUGUAUUAGCAAAUAGUUUCUUGUAUCCCGUCCAAAAAGGCUUGUCAUUAUAAGGUUUUCUCAGCUCACAGCUGUAGAGAACAUUACAUCACCUAAAGAGUUUUUCUUUAGAAGAAAGUGGCUAUAGCAUUGUUGAGCCACCGCAUCCCAUAUGCUAUUACUGUACCGUAAUUUCAGCAUGCUUGGUCAUCACAUUGUCAAUGGCGCCCAUAUACUGCUACUAACAAUUGAUAUCGCUAUCUCAAAGAUAUAUAAGUCGCAACCUGUAAUUGUGGGAGGGGUUACUCGGCUAUAUAAACUCAGGCCCUCUCCAUCACAGGGCCAUCACCAGUGGGUUCAUCCCACCUCUGCCUUUUUCUAAUUUACUUGGCGGGCCCUCUUUUAUUACAGGCCUACCCGAUACGUCGGUUUCGGCACACCACAAUUGACUUGUACAUACAUCUAUCUGCUCAUUAUUACAGCUUUUGUCCCUGACUACAAAUGUUAUUCUUCUAUAUUUUGCUAGCACUGAAGGGUAAAUUUUGACAAAAUAACAUUUUCAGUAAAAAUAUCCCUGCAUGUUUGAAGAACAAAAUCUCAAGUACCCUUAUCUACAGCCUGUACAAGGAUUUUUACCACCCGAGGAAAACAUUUAGUUUACCGCCCCUUCAUGUAUUCCACAUCUCCCUUUAGUCUCAUUUCUCAUCUUUUUUUCUUUAUAGUUAUCCUCUUUGCCAAUCUGCCUGCCUUCUUUCUCCCAAGUUUCUUUCUUUAAUUGUCUUCCUAUCCAACUCAUGCUUCCCUCUGUUCUAAACUUUCCAUUUCUUUCCAGCUGUCUCUCCACUAGACUGCGUGCGUUAAAAGUUGAAAAUUGGGAUUCUGCAAGUGUGUGUCUCUCUGUUUUGUGUAUCUGGCAAAAACUUAAUGUGUUCAUUAAGCAGAGCUGGACUGGGAAUGAAAAGCAGCCCUGGAAAAAAAUUAUAUACUGGCCCAAUAAUGCAUCGCGCCAGCAUAGUGUGCAGAUAUAGAGAUGAAAAAGAUAACUGAAAACGGACUACUACAGAGCUCCGGGCAAACGACAACUAAACUACGCUAAACCGAGGCCUCACGGUACCAUCGGAAGCACUAACUAGCCUCCCGGGCAACCCUCGAGGACAAGUCACAGGCUGAUGCAGUUUUUGUUCCCACAAACGAGUAAGAAGACCCGUCGGAGAACCGGGGCCUACAUCACCUACCAAACCACGAGGCUUGAGCCGGUGACUACGGUACAGGGAGCGUAUCAAGACACACGCCUGCUGACCAGAACUGCUGAACUGGACAGUCACAACAUGGGCUGAAGGUCCCAGAGACCCACACAGACCAUCAGCAGAGGACAUAGGCGACCUGCUACAGCGACCGAUGGCGCCCAAGAUGGUGGCCUCGUCGGACCGCACACCAGUCCCCCAAGAUGAAGGUGAGCAGCCUGGGGCUGAACAUGAUCUGCCAGCCGCACACCCGCCCAAGGGGACACUGGCUAACCGGGAUAAUCUCACCCCAGCCACCAAACAAGACAUAGCCGACUUGUUAAGGGAAAUGAGGCAAAUGCACGCAGCAGAUAUGGAACUGCUGAGGAUGGAAAUACAGGCGUUAACCGCAGAUCCCCCGAAGAGGAUAUUCUAGACCUGAAACAGGAGGUGAAGGGGCUAAAGGAACACUUUCUACAUAUACAGGCAUCUCAGUCCACCCUCACCAUGAGAAUGGACCUAGUAGAGGACCGCAAUAGACGCACUAAUUUAAAAAUAAGGGGGAUAGCGUAGACUCUAAUGAAUUGCCCCACUACUUCAGACGCCUCACAGCCACACUCCUACCGCACGCCCCAGCCAAAAAGUUUGCACCAGACGGCUUCUUUCGGAUCCGAAAAGCCAGACAAGCACCAGCCACCGCUUCUCAAGAUGUCAUCAUCCAAUGCCACUCAGUGGCGGACAAAGUCAGGCUCCUCGCAGUAGUCAGGGGAAAGACGCCGCUCAUAUUCGAAUCAUCCCAUAUCACCUUUUAUCAGGACUUAACUCGAAACAUGCUGUUGUGGCACAGGUCCCUGGACCAAGUUACAAGCCAACUAUGCAAAGCCAAAAUUGAAUACAAAUGGACUUUACCAAAGACUCUGACUGUAAACAAAGAGGGCACCAUUCACAGUCUCUCAUCGCUUCAAGAGACCGGACAGUUCCUGCGAACAUUGGGGAUCCACACACAAACCCCAGCGCAAGCAACCCCCACGUCAACAUUCAACCUACCAGACAAACAAGACAAUGCUACAGGGUUUAAAGGGUGACAAUCACUCACCUGCAAACAGACGAGGAUGCGCCGACUCCACACAGACUUAACACUGCCAACCCGCAGAUGUAAACUUAACUAAGCAACCACAUUUGCGCACACAACCAGCACCACCACGGGACAAGCAAGGGGGCUCACACACACACAAUCAGCCUACCCACGAGAGACAACUCACUGAUAAACACAAGGGUUGCCCACCCCCUCACCACUACAUCCCUAGGAAUUAGCAGGAAUAGCUACAAACCUAACGUAUACCAUAUUGUUUCCUUAGUUCGACCCCAGAUGACUCUUGUUUAACCCCUUAAGGACACAUGACAUGUGUGACAUGUCAUGAUUCCCUUUUAUUCCAGAAGUUUGGUCCUUAAGGGGUUAAACAAAAAAUUUGCAGAAUUCACAGAUGUCACACGCUGAAAUUAAAGGAUAGACAUAUGCCUAACUAUUAUGUGAUGUCAUAAAUGAACCGUGAAUCCCAGAAGGCUGUUGUGGCCACACGGGCUGUAUUGUAAUUUACCUUGCACAAACAAAAUAAAGAAUUUAAAAAAAAAUUAAAAAAUUAAAAUGAUUACUCCAACGCUAAAUAAAGCACUCAAAGGGCUUCAAAUAAACAUAAAAAUGUGUUUAUAUUAUGCAGAUGUGUAUUUGUAUAUAUUCAAUGUUUUAGUCCAACAACCUUGACCUAUAAAGAAAAGUUUAAUAAUGGGACUGAAAUGGUGAAUGUAUGCUGGUGCACGGAUGUAAAAAAUGACAUUAUCUUCAAGUCCUAUGAGUGUGCUCUUUGCUUUGGCUGAGAUCAUCAGACUUGAUGAUCUCAGCCAAUCCAAUGCUUUCCAAUAGAAAGGCAUUGGGAGGCUAUUGCGCAUGCAUGGCAAAACACUGCGCCAAUCAGGAUAUCCUCAUUGAGAUGCAUUGAAUCAGUGCAUCUCUAUGGGGAGGAAUAGAGGAGCAGAGCAUGGAGAUGUUAAACGUAGGUGCUGCACACUGCGCAGCACUGAACUAGUAAGCACCUCUAGUGGCAGUCUAAGUGACUGCUACUAGAGGUGUUCCUAGGCAAAACUGUUCUAUCUGUAGGAUUUACGCUCCGUGGGCUGGCCUGCAUUCAAACCAGGCUAACCUGUCUUUAACUUGGCCAGACCUGCACCCUUUCCAUGCAGGUCUGCCCCUUUGGGGACAAAGCUAGUGAUGCAAUUGCAUCACUGACCUGCUCCCUUUACCACCCUCCCACUGGCGUCCAGAUUUGUAGAAUGCCGGUGGGAGGUAUUCAUUCAGAAUGGCCCAGUAAAUAAACCAGAUGGAUUUAUCCUAUUUGGCACAGGGCUAUUUGGAGUUUAGUGAAUAAUCACAAAGUUAUUUCCACAAAAUUGAUCCCUUUAUUUGUUCACAAAUAUUAACACUGCAUUCUGCAGGACUACUGUAUUAACAUUUCCAUACAAAUAAUGCCCAGCACAAGAGCCAAACAUGAAAAAAAACAUUAGUCAUCAACAUAACAAUGAAGAUGACACAUCUCUAUACAUUAGUCGCUUUUAUAAUUACUGCAAGGUCCUUUACGAUAUACUAAUCUUCACCUAAACACUGCUAUCCAUCUCAAUAUUCUAAUAGUCUAUAUUACUGCACUGAGCCACUCCCUCGUUUUACGUAAAUCAUUAGCAAAAUAUCACACAGCCUUAACACUUUUGACCUCACUACUGAGUGGUCUUAAUACACUAAAUUAUGUGAAUAUAUUGUUUCCAUGCAGGCUCCGACAAAGACAUUUGGCAAAAUUCUUUUCAUCUGUGGUGAUGGAGCCUACUGCUGUUUCUGACUGUAAGUUCAUUUAACUUGAAUUAAUUUAUGGUAAUAAAAAUCUAUUUUUGAAAUGCAUGUUAUUGGGUUACACAUAAAGUCUUAAAGGGACACUAUAGUUGCCAAAAAUCUUUACAGGAAGGCUGUGUAAGUCACUUGCAGGGGGGUGUGAAUAGGGCUAUAUACAGAAAGUGAUCUAACUCCUAAAUGUCAGAGAUUUGGCAUUGAGACUGCAGGGGGCAUGAGCUAUACAUCAAAACGGCUUCAUUAAACAAAAGUUGUUUUGGUGAAUAAUGUGUUCCUUUAAGGAAAAAUAACAAUAAAAUAAAUAUAAAUAAUAAAGCAGAAUUCCACAUAAUCUGUCUCCCCACAUCCUUUUCAAACCAGUAACGAUAAUAGUGCUCUUUCUAGUAUACACCCUUAAUAUUGUAUAAAGUGUGUCCUUAUAAGUGGCUAGCAUUCAGACGAAGGCAAUCUAGGCAGAACUAGUCAGUGUUAGGGAUGUGCAUGGGAAAAAUAUUCGAUUCGGUUUGGCAUUCCGAAAAUCGGGACUUCGGUUCGGCACUUCAGGACUUCGGGUAAGUGUAGGGUGAGGGGUAGGGUUAGAGGUAGGGGUAGUGUUAGGGUAGGAUUAGUUUAGGGGUAGGGAUAUGGUAGGGUUAGGGGUAGGGUUACCCUCUCCUGUUUUUGGCACUUUUCAGAAAUCCAAAGCACUUGGGCACAUCCGAAAUUCGGCACUUUGGCGGUUCGAUUCGUCAGUUCGGUUCGGUUUGGAAAUUUGGCACUUUAGACAUUCGGAAGCAUCCGAAUGUCUGAAUUUCCGAAAUUCAUCUGAAUUUGCAUUCGGAACGAAACUAAUUGCACAUGUUUAGUCAGUGUGACACAAGUGGAAGCAGGCAGAGUCUAACCAGGACACUCAUACUUUUGAUUACUGGGAGACCAAUGUAUUUGAACAUGGAUGGUUUAAUUAUGCGCACUUUGAGACAGUCAUGCUGAUGAUAUUUUGGUUGUAGUAACCCUUUACUACCAGACUGAAUGUAAGUGGUCACAUAUAAGGGAAUAUUUUAUGUCGGCUGCUGUCAUCUCCCUGCUCUGCUCCCCUCGCACACUGUUUACUAUGCCGGAGCCAGAGUGACGUCAUAUUCCGGCUCAUCACUACAGGGCGCAUAAGCAAGCAGAGCAGGAAGAUGACAGCUUCCUCCCACUUCUCCCUCGCCACUUCUGCUCAACAGACUGGCAAAUCCCAGGCACCAGGACAAAAUUCCUAGUCACCAUGGUGACCUGGCGCCUGGCAUUUGUCGAGUUCUGAUUCAAAUUGAUAAAUAUAAUCUUGCCUCUUUAUAAAUGAAUGGUAUGGCCCACCAUGAAUACGCGGUGCAAUUUUAGGCACCGACUUUAAAGAAGAAUGAUGUUAUGAAGCUAGAAAUAGUGCAGGUGUAGGCUACCCAGUUAGUUAGGGAAUGGACAAUUUAGGUUAUGAACAAAGGCUAAAAAACUUUGAACUUGUUUGAUUUACAAAAAAGGCAACAGAGAGAGUAUGAUAACGUUAUACAAAUAUGUACAGAGCCAGUACAAACAGCUCUGUGGUAAUCGGUUCAAUAAUAGGACUGUCCAAAUAAAAAGACAAGAGCAGAUUACUUAUUACGUAAGAUGUAGAAUUCUCUGCCUAAAGAGGUUGUUUAUCAGAUUCUGUAUAUAUUUUUUAACAACAUCUACAUGGUUUUUUUUUUUGGAAGAAAAUAUUUAAGAAUAUAAUUGCUAAUUUGUGGGGUAGCAGCUCAUUGAUUCAAAGAGAAAUCUGAUUGCCAGUUUGGAGCCAAGAGGAAUUUUUUUUUCCUGCAAUUUUUGACAAGAUUUGAAACGUGUUUUGGGUUUGUGCCUUCUUUUGGAUCAAAAGAAUAAUUCAAAUAUAUAAAAUAUUGAACUUGAUGGACUUUUAUAAGUAUGUAAAUGCAUACAGUGCAGCCGAUCAGUAUUUUGACAGUGGCACGUGUUUUGUUGUUUUUGGAUUUUAGAAGUUGAAAUAAUAUGCAGUUGUUUGCUAAUCUAUUUUUUUUACCCACAUGUUGUUCCCUUGUUACUUCAUGUAUAGAAGGUAAUCUAUGAGGAGGAGAAAAGGGUUUACUGGGUUGGAUACUGAAAAUAAAAAAUGUUUGUUCAGCUGAAAAAAUAAGAGGAAAACUGAUGAGAGUGCUUGAGAAGCAAAAACAGCCUAUGCUCUGAAUCCAACCUUGAGAGAGAUAGGCUUCUUUUUAAUCUGUAUGGUUUUUUGUGUUUUUAUGGUAGGUCCGUCAAAAAGUGCUACAUUAUAGAGAGGAUUGAUUCACAAACAAAUCAAUACAAAGGUUAAAGCAGGUUGAAUGUAUUUAUGUGUGUUUUAUGGGUAGUUUUAAAAUGGGUAAACACAAUAUCAACCAAUAUUAACCCAAUACUCAGUAUUCUGUAAAAAUUCAAUCAUGAUGCAUGGGCCCAUAUCUUUCUUUAAAUCUUCAUGUAGAGGUUUUAAUAUGUAAUUUUAUAAAAUGGUUCCAGUUGACUGCUAGUUCUUUUUUCCUAAAGGCAGAGUUGUUGCUAGGUAUGAACUGUGAGCGCUGUAGCCCCAGAUCCUCCAAAUACUGAAGGGGCAGUGAAAUACUAGAUGGUUUUUAUUUUUACAUUAGGCAGCUGCUUCUCAAAGCAUCCGCUCAGUGUACGAAGAAAAACCACUAGUAAAGUGUUCCACGACGCUACUAAGGUGAAGUGAUGAUCCUCCUUGUUACAUCUCUGUAUCUAUGAUGGAUGUAGCAUGACUGGGCCAUGUAGGAUCAGAUUGCAUACCUGUCUGAGCAGCCUGUUCUUAUUUUGGCUAUUUCUUUAUGGAAAUCCUAUUGCAUGUCAUCAGCAAGGCUGGGUAGACAUCCACAAUGCACAGAGAGGCAAAAGGAAUUUAGGAAAUAAAAAGACUUCCUAAACGUUGGGGAGGAGUUUGCUUUGGGCUUAAGACUUAAGUGUUCCUGGAACCCAACAACAACCCUGCCUUAAAUGCUCAUGUUAAUGGAUUCAAUCUGUGCUUGACUUGCACUGUUUUUGCUGUUCUCUAGCAUACUUGGUUUGGUGUUCUUGAGUUGAAUUUGUACAAUCUGGAUUUAAUAUCCUUUUAUGAACUGAGGGAAGUACUUUUAUUGAAAAUUGGAUGUGCCUUUAGAGAGCCAGAUUUGUUUUUUAAUUUUCACUUGCUCUGUUUGUAGGAACAUUAUAUUUUUAAUCUAUUUGGGCAUAAAUCACUUUUAAUAAUCGUGUAUUCAAAUAUUGGGGUGAUCUGGUGGGGCACUAGGUCCCAUCAGAAAUGAAAAUAGUCACCGUCACUCAUCGAUUUAUAUUUUUAAAAUUGUUUUCAUACAUAAAUAGUACAAAAUUAAUUUUCAGGGUAGCAACCACUCGUACCUACAAAGAGGCAACUUCAUAUGUACAGAUAUUUCAAGUUUUAUUUAACUGCUUAUAAUGCUUAUGCUUAUAAUGCGUGUUACAGUCAUCUCCAUGUGCCACUUUCCCAGAUAUGCCAUAAUCCUAUUAUAUCUGCUGUAACUACCCAAACAAUUAUUCAGCACAACAUUGCUGUAUAUUGAAACAUUGUACAUGUAUAUUGCCCCAUAGGCUGUGAUAUUCUCACCCUAAAUGUUGCCAUAUUGUUAAAAAGGAGAAAAAAUUUAGCUUUUUACAAUUUUAACCUGGCCUCCUUAUAGGCACUAUAGGCACCCAGACCACUUCAUCUUAUUGAAGUAGUCUGGGUGCAUAUUCCCAGGUCCCUUAACCCUGCAAAUGUAAUUAUUGCAGUUUUUAAGAAACUGUAAUAAUUACCCUUCAGGGUUAACUCCACACCUUGUGGCUAUCUACCAAGUAAGGGAUGCAGUUUUUUUUAACCCCUUCUGCACAAUGGAGGAGAGUGGGGGGAAAGGGAGGAGGAAGUUAUAGUGCCAGGAAAACAAGUUUGUAUUCCUGACACUAUAGUUUCCCCUUUAACCAUACCUUGAUUAUCACUCAGUGUGCUCCUGGCUGGGCUCUGAUGAUAAAGUAACAAAUGCAUAUAAAAGAUAAAGUAGGUCAUAUUUAGCAAAUAUAAUCCUUGUAAGAAAAGGCUAAAUGCAUGACCUGAGCUUUUCCUACCAACAUUAUACUUUAUUAGACGUUACCAAGAUGUAGAAAAUAAAUGAAUGAUUUGCAUCCCUUCCCCCGUGAACUGACUUAUAGUUCUAAUCUAGAACAUUGUAGACUAAAGACAUUUAAACUAUUCAUAUUAAUCUCAUUUUUUUAUAGACACAAUAUGCUACACAUAGUGUCAAAUACGUGUUUGAAUUGUAUUAAAAAUAUUCAAAAUAUAUAUCAUAUUCAAGAUACAGUGGUGUGAUUUUCAAAAACCUUAUUUGCUUCAAUGAUCAUGUAGUCACAAUGAAUUCCCAUUUUAUUCCUGCAAAGCAAUUAUACUCAAAUAUUUAAAAUAGAUAUCAUAUACACUGCCCAGAUGGACUAUAGGCACAGCUGUAGCUGAUUCCUUCACAUCCCAUAAUAUGGUUAAAAUGUUAACAAAAACACGAGUUAACAGGAGUGACAAUAAUCUGAAUACAAACAAUAAAACAAUAUGACAUAUAGAAAUAAUUUAGAAAAUUAUUGGUAGUGUAAGAAAUACCAUGUGUAAUCCACAGGAGUUCCAAUAAUAUAAUUUACUAGGUGGCUGUCUACUGCUGUAUUUAGUGUAGUAACAGUUGAUAAUAUAAUAAAAGAAAUAAAAUAUGAAAACACUAUAGCGUGGGUGAAUACAUAUCUCAUAUGAGUGCAACGGGGAAAUCCCCAGAUGACCACUGAACACACUAAAAUGGGUAAGAAUAAGACAUUUUAUAGUCGCUUGAAAUAUAGUGUGUAUUUUUUUCAAUGCAACAUCAAUUUACCAUUAGUCAGGACCAGUAUCAUAACAGCACUCGUCUCACCGCAGAGUAGGAAAGAGAAAUAACAGGUAGAUAGUAGCUGUAAAGAAACUCAAGCAAAUUUGCAAAUGGAGUGGUAAAUUAGUUUUUUUUUUCAAAUUUAUUUAAACCACUAUAUUCAAACCAGAUUACUAUAAAGGACCUUCUAUCCUACACUCAAAUGUCCACUAGCAACUGGGAUUGUUCGCAGGCAAGUCUCAAGAAAAGUGAGACUUGUCUAUCAGAGUGCUCUUUAUAAAGGCUUUUCCUGCCUUGAAACGCAUUCUGCAUUGAGCCAUUUCGGGGUGAAUGUGUUUCUAUUUUUUUUGUUGUGUUGAGUUUUUAAUUUUUUUCACCAGUUUUUUUUUUUCUUUGAGAAACUGGUGUGGCGGACUCUGUACUAUUCCCUUAGGUUGCCCGUACCUAUCUCCAUAUUUCCCGAAUUGAUCCGUACCCCCUUAUUCAUUGGCCGAAUGGAGCAUGUGUGGUCGCCCCUUUUAUAUCCUUUGAACACCGACCACCCCUGACUCGUUAACCUCAAUUGAACAAUUAAGUCAAGUGCUUUCCCUGGGUGGCCACCAUUCGUAUAACCGAACACGUGCGCGAGUGAAUGGUGGCCAUUUUGUCUCCUGAACACAGACAGCGGUACAUAGUGUCUGGAACUCUAGCACAGCUAAGCAAGCCCAUGAACUCCAAAUAAACUUGUACUGCUGCUCGUUUCUCUACCAGACAAGUUAGUAGACCAGCGUUCGGGAGAUAGGUACUACCGAGCAGGGGGAGCCUUUGCUCCCUAAAAGCCAGGGGGAGUGUUCGUGCAGGAACCCCCGAAAGUAGACCGGCCAACGACCUUUAUCAUGUGGAACUAUUCUGUGGAACGGAUCUGAGCACUAUUUAGAUAACUUGGGCGCUCAGAUCCAGGCUAUUCGGGGAUGUAAGAUUUGUGGGGUUUCUGUAAUAUUUUGAUAUGAGGACCCCCUAGGCACAGGGAGGAGAAGACAUUGGCACAAAUUGGGGGGUGAACAAUGGUUUGUUUCCCCUUGUAUAUUUUAUGAGUAGCUGCCCCCAGCCACCCAUUGAUGUCUAGUGACAUUAAUGUCACUAGGUCCUGCCAUGUAUGAAAAUAGUAGCUCCUACCUGUUGCUCAUGGUUGGGGGAGGAGGGCACACUAGGACCCCCUAUAUAAAGUUAAAAGGGGGGAAUUAGGGUACUUCCCCUUUUUUUAUUUAAUAGUCCUCACCUGUUGGACACAGCAAUUGAUUUUUUUGCUCUGCUUUGUGCAUUUGAAGUGUUUUCAAAAAGCAGUUAACAAUAAGCAAGAACAUUUUUUUUAAUUCUAGGACAGAAAAUACAUUUGGAACUAAUACGACCAAAUGGUAAAUAAUAAAAUGUGUAAUUAUUUGAAUUCAGUAUAAGGACCAGAAACAUGUAGCUAGAUUUACUACAGCCCAAAGCUGUUUUUUUAAUAGUUACACCAAAAUGUUAUUUACAAGCUAAAAUAUAUGCCAUUAAAAAUGGAUCCCCAAGACACCUACCACUAAAGAGAUGGACCCAGUUGCCAGGACAGAUGGUGCUCAAUCUAUCCGCCAAGUCCCUUGUCCUGAUAGAUGUAGGAACGCAUUUUCCUGUUACUAAGGUUACAAGCCCCUAGCUACCCUCUGCCUCUUGUAAGUAGAAAAACAAAUUCAAUUAUUGUUAUUGUUAAUUGAAUUAACAAUGGAUAAUUUACACUUAUCUGUCAAAUCCAUUCUUCAAGAUCUCAUAUCUGUAUGUUCUUUCUAAAGCUUUAAAUUCAUGUACUAAAUAAAAGGAAUCAUAACUUGCUGCAUCUGCAAUAAAGAAAAAAAAACGAAAAUAAUUUCAAAACCCUUUGGAAAAGGCAAAAACAUGUUGCAGUAAACAAAUCCAUUACGGCCUGCUGAUUGGCUGGAGAGCUAUUAAUGGAAGGACUCUUCACGUAGCAAAAUCGUUUAUACCACCUGCCUGUCUGAAUAUGGUUAAUUGGCGUUCAGAGUCAACCAAUCACAGUGUAAUCCCAGACAGUUAUCUUAUAGUAACAUCACUAUUUACCAGUUUUCUAUUAUGCUCAAUUAAUCUAAAAAUGUCAAUCUUCCACUGUAUAUGUAUGUUAUUAACACUACAGAGAAACAUUUUAAUUUCCACAACUAAAAUAAAGUGAGACCACAGAUAUUUGUUACAUAUGCAUUUUGCUGCUGUUUUUUUUUUUUGCCCAGCCACCAAAUGUAAUUUUAAAUGAGUGUUUUGAGAAAUGUAUAGUUUAUUCAGUAUGUAUUGUUUUUGUUUUAUAUAUAUAUAUAUAUAUAUAUAUAUAUCAGAUGGAAAAUCAAUGAAAACCAUUUCCUUUCAACUUUCAAAUACUCCACCUGAACUGGACGCUAGUACAAUAAAACCUGAACGUUCGUCACAUGAAACUGAUGGUGGUGCAGUGGACGAUGAUUAUUUCUACUGUGACAUUUCUUUAACAAGUGAAAAGGUACACUAUACUGCUGUUGAUUAUGUUUAUGCUUGAGAAAGUCAUUGGGGAUUAUUUAUCAAAGUGUUCUGUAAAGUGAUGACUAAAUUCCAUCAUUAUUUUAAUCACAAAGGGAUCAGAAUAUUUUCUGACAGUUUUCUCAGAAAUCUCCAUUUCUGAACACUGCCAUAUUUAGAGUGGCAGGAAAAAGAGAAAGGAACAGAAGAAAUUUCUUUCAGAAAAAGAGGCAAAAAAAUUAUAAAUAUGUUGUGUUGUUUAAAAAAAAAAUGGUUUAAAUUGAAAAAUGACAGUUUGGGCACGAAAAAAGAAAACGAUGUAAAGAUCUGACAUCAUAAACUGCACCAAAAAUUAGGCGUAAAAAAAUUAUAAAUCUCUGCUAUCGUGUUAAACUGCAGCAUAAGCUAUUUAGAGUGGUGACUGAGACAAAUCAGACGUGCACACAAUGUAUAAAUGCAUUUAUUGCACACAAACACCUUGGUUCUGUUAGCAGCACUUAUGAGUGGAAUUUUUUAACAGGUUGCACAGGUCUACAGAUUGAAAGAUAACAGCUACACUCUUGGAAACAUACAUGGUGCAUGGACUAGAGGAUUUGGAAAUCUCUGAUCACUUCUGUACAUGACAUGACAACACUUGAACUGAAGCUCAUAUAUAAUGGAAUACUCCAGACACAUAAAGCACUUCAGCUUCAUAAAGUGCUCUAUGUGUCUAGAGUUUGUCAUAUUUGGGAUAGAUUGUAGGGGUGACAGCCAGGGAGUAUUUCCUUCAUGCAGGAAAAAUACAAACAUGUUUUAUUUGUGGGAUAUCUACAAAAUUUGUAAAAAUAUUAGCACGUAAAGAAGUGUUCCUUUAAGCUAAUUUAAGUUGUUAUGGUGUGUUAUAGAAGUGAUAUGGUUUACAUAAUCUUUCAAACAGAAUUUAGUUAUGGGUAUAGAAGCAAGUGCCAAAUAACAGAGAGCCUUCAACUUUUACAUCAUUCUGCCGACAAGAUCCAACAGGUUGACACUGUGAAGUCCAUGGCCGGUUUCUGGUAAUUGGUCUUAUUGGAUCAAAACCCAUGCUUUGGUUUAAAAACAAUGUUUCAUUGCUAAGGGUGCCUGCAGAAAUGCAAGCCGAAGUUUUGAAAAGAAUGCCAAAUUCCAACUUGCGAUAUCAAGGUGGUACACAACAGUCAUUUUUAAAUUUGAGGUAGAAACAGUAAUAUCAUUUUUAUCACAUAUAGAAGUGACCAAAAAUAGGUAUAAAAAGAAAAAUUGUAUAAGAAUCCUCAAAAAUGUUGAACUGUAGCUGCAAACCAUUUUCUAAGAUUACCAACAUUGCAGACACUACUUUGGGAUAUAAAGGGCUCAUUGUAGCCUUAACAAAAAAAUUCUUCCUUGCUUUUUCUUGGAAUACAUGUCAUUUACCGUCUGAUGAAGUGUAACUGUGUUGGGCAGCUACCAGCAGACUUCUCUUUCAGGGAACGGAAAGGAAGGAAAAGUAAAGUGUUCAAAUGAAUAUAUGCUAGGGUUUGUGAGACCCCAGCAUGUAAUAAUUUUUUUUUUGUAUUUUAACAUUUUUAGCAAAGCCUGUAGUUACAUUGAUUUACACUCGGAAGCCAGUUUGGAAGUCACAGUUGUGAAUGUCAUGGAUAUUUUAAGUGGAACUGUCACACAGAGAAGUGACAGCUCUUUGUUCUUUAACCCAAGUGAAUGGUAUUGGAGCAUUCAUCCAAAUGUACCAGUUUCGGGAUUCUUUGUGGUCAAAGUUUAAGCGUACUGGCUCUAUGAAUGAUCACGGUGCAUAUAGACAAUGGCGAAAUAUAUGCACAAAACAGACAAAACUGGCCAAGGCCCAAUAUUUCUAUGAAAAUCUGAACAGUAACAUCUCAAACCCUAGAAACUUUUGGAAAGUCAUAAAUAAACUACAAACUCCCCCAAUCCACUCCCAACCCUCCACUGUCAAAGUGGGUAACCAAACCCUGCAACUUCCCUUAGAUGUAGCAAAUGCCUUUAACAAUUAUUUUGUCGGAUGCUCUACUGCCCUGAUUGCCAAGCUAAUAAAUGACAUGCAUCCUGAAACUACUAAUGUGGAUCAGGCCCCACUAAAUUUGCAAAGGCCCAAUAUAGAUAAGUUUAAUUUUAGACCUGUACCUGUUAGUGUCAUUAAAAAACAUCUUAAUAAUCUAAAAAUGAAAAACCAGUCCAGACCUGAUCAAAUCCCAGCAAUGCUGUUGAAGCUCAGUGCGCCAGCAAUUGCUAAACCCGUCUCAACUCUAAUUAACGAAUCCUUGGUGUCUGGAUACAUACCCAAACUUUGGAAGACUGCGAGAGUAGUGCCUAUCCAUAAAAGUGGUGACACUACUUUGGUUUCUAACUAUCGCCCAAUAUCAUUGCUCCCGGUAUUGUCAAAAAUCUUAGAAAAAUGUGUCCAUACGCAACUUUGUGAGUACUACCAACAAUUAAACUAUCUGACCCCUGAUCAAUCGGGCUUUCGCCAGAAUCACUCCACUACAACUGCCCUCCUAAAAGUUUGCAAUGACAUCCAAACUGGCAUGGAACAAGGAGCCCUAACUGGAGCUAUUUUCCUUGAUUUUGCUAAGGCCUUUGACACAGUAGACCACGACAUUCUACUGCACAAACUCGAAAACUCAGGUGAUCAUUCUCUAAACUGGUUUCGAUCGUAUGUAUCGGAUCGCUCGCAAUAUGUGUCCAUUUCUGACAGUGACUCCCUCCCUCUCCCAGUCACGUGUGGUGUUCCCCAGGGUUCCAUUCUCGGCCCCCUACUAUUUACAUUAUUUAUAAAUGAUCUGCCUAAUGUCUGCCAAUCCUCAAAUGUACACAUGUACGCAGAUGACACGGUAAUCUAUGCGAGCAAAUCCAAUCUACUGCAACUUGAGGCUUUGCUCCAAGACCAGUUUACAGAGGUAGAAAAGUGGAUCGCAAAAAACAAACUCUUCCUGAACACUGACAAAACUGUCACAAUGAUCUUUGGAACAGUACCUAAAUUACACAAAUUACACAAUUCCCACCUAUCCAUCAAAACAAAUUCAAAUAGCACACUGACCGCAGUCCACUCUUUCAAAUACCUGGGCAUGAUAUUAGACCCCAAUCUAUCUUUUGGCCUGCACAUAGAAAAGCUUGCAUCUAAACUUUAUCCAAAAUUAGGUGCCCUGUACAGAAACAAAGCCUGCCUAAGCCCUACAGUAAAGGAAAAGAUUGUACAGCAAAUGCUGAUGCCAAUCAUUGAUUAUGGGGAUGUAGUAUAUGCGUCUGCAUCGCAAUCCCACAUUAAUAAACUCAACACAUUGUAUAACUCGUUCUGCCGAUUUGUGCUACAAUGUAAUUACAGGACCCAUCAUUGUGACAUGCUAAAGGAACUAAACUGGCUAUCACUGGAAUCCAGACACACCCUUCAUCUUUCCAGCCUUGUUUUUAAGAGCUUUUCUGGGAAACUCCCACUCUACCUGAACAAAAUGCUUUCCCCAGCUGUUCCCACUUUCUAUAAGCUCCGAUCCAGUACAAGCACUUUACUUAGUCUACAUCAAUACAAAAAGAAAGCGGCCCGAUCCUCCUUCUCCUACAGAGCGCCGCAAUUGUGGAACGACCUCCCGCACAAUUUAAAAUCUUCCCUAAGCCUAAAGUCAUUUAAGAGAUCCCUCUCGGGGACGGAGUCUGGAAACGAGACGGGCCAGACGCCAUUUCUGCGGGCUCCGACAUCCACGGACCUAAUCCGGCGAAAAUCAGCCCACAAACCUGCCAUCCAGCCACACGACCAUCGGCAUAAUACGGGGGAGAUCCCCCGGAAUCGAUCAAUGCCCUUCAGGUACACCCCGAAGCAGGCAAAGCCUAAACUACGAGCCCGGGCCUACCUCCCAUCAGCCCACCAUGGACUGGAUUACCUAUCAGGCGGGGACUUCAUAGAGGACGCGUGGGACACAUCUCGGCACAGCUCCGACCACGGAACCUCAGGGAUGGGGCGCAGAUCCCAGAAACCGCCACCAGGUAUAGAUCAGCCUGAUAUAGGCAUUAUGCUUCAGAGGCAAACACCCGCCAAAAUGGCGGCCGCACAAGGCCCUGACUCCCCACAAGAGUCUGACUCAGGGGAGCAAAGCACUCAUGGGGUUACAUGGCUACAACCCACACCCCAGCAGGGUACCACCAAACCAGCCACCAAACAGGACCUACAGCAUAUGCAAAACAUGCUGCAGGAAAUACAAAGCCUACUAGCUGCAGAUCUACCUACCCUUAAAACCAGCAUGCAACAAAUCACUGAAAAGGUAGUACACACUGAGAGAGAAGUGCAGGGGAUCCAAAGAGAAAUCACCUCACUGCAAGAAUCCCUCUUACAACUACAACACAAUCAACAAAACUUAGAGGUACAACUAGCAGCCCAAGAAGACAAACACAGACGCAACAACAUUAAAAUCCGAGGAAUCCCUGGCACAGUCUCCAAAGAGGACCUACCUCACUAUCUGAGACGGCUCACGCAAGCUAUACUUCCCCCUGCGGUGGCAAGGAAACUCACCCUUGCCGGCAUAUACCGACUACCCACCCCGACAAAAGCAUCUACUCCCCUCGCAGGAGACGUCAUAGUCCGCUGCACCCUUCCCCAAGAUAGGGGACACAUAAUGUCGGCACUCAAGGGCAAGACGCCACUCAACUUCGAGGAGUCUCAAUUGACUUUUUUCCAGGACUUAACCAGAGCCACUCUCCAAUGGCGAAGGACCCUCAGCGACUUCACCAGCCAGUUACGCUCCGCGGGCAUACCAUAUCGGUGGGGAAACCCACGCCACCUCCUGGUUACACAUUAAGGAAACACAUACAGAAUCGCUACAGGUCCCGACGCUGCCGCGCUACUACCAAAACUGGGUCUGCCAUCCAAGAACACCCAGAACACCACCCCGGCCUGGGACCCGGAGACGAUCGAACCGUUUAUCCCGAGGACGCGGAGAAUGGACACUCAUGCCACAUGACAGGAGUGGGGGGAGAAGUCUCCUACCCCGCCCCGCUCAAGGGCUAAAAAUUGCAAAUUUUCUUUUCUUUAAAAUUUUUUUCUCCUAUUCCUUUUCAUCCUCUGCCACUUAAGCUUUGUUGAUAUCUCACUAGUUACUAUGACGCUCUAAGAACCCAUACGACGCGCUGAAAGCCUAUCAGAGAUGGCGUUGGCACACCAGUGCACUAAAGUAAUAUGCACUACCAUACAGAACACAACUCCCCCCCCCCGACAGCCCCUAGGUUAGGGUUAAUACCCCUCGAGAGUAACUCGAACGGACCAAGGAUAAGGCCUCCUGACAAGAUACUCUCACGACUAACCGACUGACACCACAGACCACUAGGUAACAACAGAGAUAGACUUAGCACUCUGAAUUUAAAAAUAAAAAAUGUUUUAAGCCUUAUGCAUAAUAAGUCUGGAGUACACAGUUCACGAGCUGGAUAGGGUGGCUUAGGUGACUUGGAGAGGUCAGACAGCUUGCAACUUUCCUGUCCUACCUCUACACAUUUGCAAACAAAACUGUACUCAUGGGAUUGCUCGAAGGGGGAGUGGACUAGAUAAUUGGCUAACUACUCUCCAAAUUGCCAAAUUCGGUUAGAAAGCCGUAGGUACCGAUCUCCAUACAGGUGUCCACUUGGAAGGUCAAUCUGAACUGUCAGCAUUAGCCAACUUUGCUCCAGAUGCAUAGUUUAAUUCCAGUCUGUGAGAACCACUGGACACAUACACCUAAGAUAAAAGGCGACUGGGCAGUGUGAAUUUUAAAGCAAAGCCUGCCUGUGGUUUAGACAGGCACCAUCAUAUCGAUCAGUCAGAUCAUACUCAGACACAAGUUUAUACUUAACAGGAAUCUCGCAUGGUGGCCAUUACGCACACUAGCCCUUGCUCCCUAACCUGAAGGUCUCCUUCUGAACAUAAUCUCUCACACGCCCGUUGGCACAGUGCUAGACCAUUAACCACCCUGCUCAUACAAAUAUAAAAAUGUGCAAAGUUAUUCCUGCCAUACAAUUGUAUUUAUAUGUCUACUAAACUCCUGGCGAUAGCGGUUGUGGCAUUGCUAGAAAACUGUUACUUACAUAACCUAUGCACGAAAAAUAAAGAAUUAAAAAAAAAAAAAAAGAGAUCCCUCUCUACAUACCUCAAAACAGAAUGCACGUGUCAUGGUUGAUUAUAUAUUUCCUGCCUGUUCUAUGUUAAAUUUUGUAUAUAUUGUGUAUUAAUAUUGUUUUUGUAUUUUGUUGUACCUAAUGUAACAAUGCAUUGAUUUGUGGACCCAGGACAUACUUGAAAACGAGAGAAAUCUCAAUGUAUCUUUCCUGGUAAAAUAUUUUAUAAAUAAAUAAUUUAUUAUGGUGAAUUAACUAGUGGAGGUAAGUAAAAAACGUACUUGCAUUCGUUGACUCAAAGUACCUUUACACUACUCAUGUGCGUUGUACUGCUAAUGGUGCCAGAUGAUCACACUCCUCCUAUCUGGAUACGUGCUCAAAGCAGCUGGAAACUCUCUGCUUUGAGCUAAAUCCAGUGGUGCAGUGCUUUGGUCAGGCCUUUACAACCUGCGGCCCCCCAUAUGUUUUUGAACUACUACACCCAUGAUUCUUAGAAUAAAACAGACAGACAAUGCCCAUGAUUCAUUUAAUGAAACAGAUAGCCAGGGAAUCAAGGCUGAUAGCCAUGGGAUCAUGGGAGUUGUAGUUGAAAACAUCUGGAGGACCGCAGGUUGUGCAGGCCUGGCUGAGAGCUCUCAGUUUACUCUCUUAGCCAAUGAGCCAGCCAUGCAUUACAGGGUAUAACUAAGGGGAGCUAUUACAAGCUCUAUGUUGGAGCGUCUAGCUCUUCUGGUUUGGUGCAUGAUGGAGCCCAGGUAAGUUGUCAAACCAUUUGCAAACAAUUUGACAACUUAUCACGGUAGGGACCCCAGUGCACUGUAGUGGUUAUGGUGCCUGGAGUGUUUCUUUAAUGUCAUUGUGUUUGACUAGUGGAGAUCCAUGAUCAAUGUCAUUCUUUUUUGUUUGACAGAAAUAAUACUAACCAGAAUCAUAUUGUAUUUCAGAUACCACUGCAAUUUGUAGAAAAGUACUACAGAACAGGAAGGAAAUUCCUCACAAUGUUUCCAGAUGGAACAGUACAAAUAUUGUAUCCUUUGUAUUGCAAAUGUUACAUUAUAUUCUAGUGCAGAUAUAUUGUAGGCAGGUAACACACUGAUGGUUCAGGUGUUGUUUUUGCUCUCUUUGACUUAGGAAAUCAGAAUGGGAAUACCAGUUUCCUGAUUGGUUAGUGAAAAUACCAGUCAAAAGAUGUUCCUCUUCUAAAUAUUGUGAGAGAAAUUGUACUUGAACUAAUCUUAAAAAUGUCUUACUAAAAAGGGAAAUAUUCUAUGUUUCUUCUCCAUCAGAUAAACUCUUUACAAAACAAUAUAACAUACAUGUAAGCAGUAAUUUGCAAAGCUGUGUGUAUUUCGCACCAAAAGUGUAAUUCGCUAUUAUCAGUGAAUUUGAAUUGUUUUGAAAUCAAAGUAAGUUCAAAGUAAAUGUAAAAUUUUAGACUACAAUAGCCUAAAUGAAAACAUAGAUAAUGUUGGGAAUUUGUAGAAUGUGGCUGUUUACGUUCUCUGCAGAUUGUCUCAGACAUAAAAUGAUCGAAGCAUAUAAAUAAUUCACCACUUGUACUCUAUUUGUCAAUCUUAGCUAAUUUUAUCAGUAGUUUUUUAUAGAGUUAGCACCUGAAAUGUGUCCACUUACUAUAUUCUUUUGGAUUAUUUAACCUUAUUUUGUGGCAUUAGUAGGUAUUUCUAUAUAUAAAGGUUUCCUUAUCUCCAUCCAGUUAUCCAUCAGGGAACCUGGCUGUCAUUGUAGUAGCAGAUAAACAAAAAGAGUCUGUCUGCCUAGUUCAAGAAGAUAAAUCAAAUAAUGCGGGGAUACAAGCCAUGUUUGCUUCUUCUGGAAAAGCCACCUGCUACCACCCCAAUGGAACGGUUUGGUAUGUUCUCGCAAAAAUCCCAAAAAUGCUGGAUUGAAUAAAUUGUUAGUCUUGAUCACUGCCUCCCAAUAAUGCUUAGUAAUACUCAUCAGCAGCAUAAUUAACACUGAUCAGAUACACCAUGGCAGCUAGUACUAGUUGUUAGAAGAUGUUGUUGACUGUAGCUAUCGUAUGCUAUAUAUCAACACAAUAAUAUUGAGAACUUGAUAUUUUAUUUUACUGAUUUUAUUUGCGAAAUGGCUGAUAUUGUUUCACUAUUACACAUAGAAAGCCUACGGCCAGUGCUCUUAUUAAAGGGCAGAGUCAGGCAGCUGUGUGUGUGUGUGUGCUUGCCAAAAGAUCUUGUUUUAUUGACCUUUUCGUUUCUUAGAAAUGGUCUUCUGUCUACAUUAAAACAAUGAUUAAUGCUUUAGAUUGAGCUGUAUAACUGUCUACAUAAUAAAAGUGAAGUACGCUUUGUGUGUAGACACACCCAUGUUAGACUGAUGAUAUUAUUUUAGACAAGGGGAAUUCGGAGCACGCUUAUUUUUUAGAAUACCUUGGAGGUUCUAUGGGAAAACAUUAAAUGUAUAAAACUGAACUAGUGUUAGUAUCGAAAUUUACACUAGAUUUCUCAAAGAAUUAAAGGGACACUCUAGGCACCAAAACAUCAUUAGCAUAAAGAAAUGGAUUUGGUGUACAGAUUAUGAUCCUGUUUAUUUGGCUGCUCAAUUCUCUGCCAUUUAGCAAUGAAACCACUUUGUUUAUGCAGUCAUAGCCACACUUUGUACUGGCUUUGUUUACUCUAUUACACCUAUUGUUUAAUUUAGAAUUUCUUCACUCUUGCUGUGCUAUUGGCCUGCUAGAGCCUGUAACAACCUUAUAUGUGUGAUGAAAGUCUAAUUAAUAGAUUAGGUGACAAGAACUUCUAAAGUAAACAUGCUGAUUAAAAAUGGAGCAAUCGGGGACAGGGCCUGACUAUCAUGGCGGAGAGACGUGUUUUACACGUACGCCCGCACUAUCCUGACCUUUAAAGCUUCUUAAAGCCCCAUCCAGCACAAUUUGGGCAGAUAUCUGUGACCUACCUUACCCUCAAGUCAGAGACCAUGCAAUGUCCCAAUGGGAAAUUAUUUACCCAAGUGGACCGUGCAGCUUGGUGCGCAUUGGGCAGGAGAGGCGACCGAUCUCUCGUACCAACUGUGCCCAUAAGAAAGCAGCAGCAUGCAUACGCCCUGAUCCCGGUCCUCCCAUUGGAGGCUACCCUGGUAAAGUCGGGACUCUGGAUAAGGCCACACGAGCUGAAUGAUCAGACGGCAACUUACUCAAUAUGGCAGAUGACACCUGUUCAUGCCGUUGCAGUGAUGAUCCACGUCAUGUCCUGACCAGGUUUGACAAGAUAUUUGCUGCCUUCUGGCAAAACUGGAAUGCAGGGUGUACCAACAUGUCGAACAGCGAACUAGUGCUCCCUCACAUCGACGACCACCACUACGCUCCUCUCAAAAAAUCGUGUCUCCGGUAAUCAGGAGGGCCCCAAAAUGACGGCAGCGCCAUCACUUCUGCUCAAGAUACCACGGAGACAGGACAUGUUGAAACCCGAGCAUGUAGAAUGUGGAAAGCCUGACAAACUGGAGGGGAACCAGACCCUAUAACUCACCGUGACACUGAAUGUACACCUGUAUCCAUUUGUUUUGUUUCACAAUAUAUGUCACUGUCAAGCUGUGUUUGACUCACUGCGCUCCCAAAAUAAAGAAUAUGAAAAAAAAAGAAAAUGAGGCAAUCUUUUCAUGGAGACAGAAACAAAAGUGUUUUAACUUCUUAAUGGCAGAACAUUCAGCAGUGAAACUGUUUGUUCAUGAUCUACACAUCAAAAUGGCUUUAUUAAGAAAGCUGUUUUGUUGCUUAGAUUGUCCCCUUAACUAUAGAAUCCUAUGGGAUAGCUUUUUGAAAUAGUUGUGUGCAUCUGUGUUUAUGGUAUUAGCAAUAUCGGCAUUAUUUUAUUGGUUAACCUUAUUGUAACAGCAUAAGCAUAGCUAAUGUAAUUCUUCUACAUUUGACUUUGGUUUAGGUUCUAUCAUUCUGACAUCAUACCAUCAUUGUAAUUAUCAAAUGUAUAUGCCAAUGACACAGGUAUAUAUUAUCUUAAUAUGUUUUGACUGCCCCUAAGCAAGCCGUGACAAACUACAUUUAGUCAUAAGAACAACUACAGCUUAAUGUAGUGGUUCUUGUGUUUAUAGCCCGUCCCUGCAGACUUUUUAAAUGUAAAGAGAAAAUGCAGUGUUCUCAUCACUGCCUAGUAACACCUCUAUUGGCAGUCACUCAGGUGGCCACUAGAGGUGCUUUCUGCACUGUGUGCAGCACUGGCCGUCAGCAUCUCCACGCUCUGCAUGGAGGGGCUGAAUGUUUCCCAUAGAGAUGCAUUGAUACAAUUUGUGCAGCGUGGGCUUAAAUACCUGCAGACUUGGUGUGACCUGGGGCCAUUUUAACAUUGUGGUGUGAGCAGGGUUAAAGCCCUGUUAAUACCACUAACCCUAGGUUUUAAAAUAUAGCUGGGGCUCCUGUUUGUCAGCUGGGGUCAUUUUUAGUGGCCCCAAACUGACUGAUCAGAUCUAUGAAGCGCUGGAAGUCAGCUCUGCAUAGAGCCCUUUAACUCCAUUCAUAAAACCGCAGCUGAGCAAUCAAGCUCAGCCAUGUUUUUUUCUGGGUGGCAGGCUGCUUCAGGGAGACCCUCUAGGUCCUCGUAGAAUCUUUGCCUGAGGACAUCCAGCGUUUUGACAGAAAUUGAGUCAAUACUUUCCUGUGGGGAAAGCCUAAUGGGCGCAUAGUGCUCCCCACGCAUGCAAAUAUGAUCAUUUCAUCCUUUGUUGGACAAAUGCAUGAAUAACAAAUGCUUUAUUGUUUUUCUUCCUGUGAAACCAACACUGGAACUGGUCCGAUGGCAAACAGCAACAAUUAUUAUUUACAUUGUAGAGAGCCUGCAAAUGUUUUUGUAAUGAAUAGCACAUCAAAACUGGCUCAUCAAUCAAUGCUCAAAUUUGGGAGCAUUCAGGGCACAAGGAAGUAAGACGGCUAGAAGCCUUUGUAGCAGUAAACAAAACUAAUGGUUAUACUGCCUCAAGCACCUGGCGUUGUUAGUAAAACACAGGUUACAUAAUCAUAUAUAUAUAUUAAUAGAAGGAUACGCCUGGUUUUAAGACUUUUUUCAAAACCAUUUGUCAUUACAAAUGUCUUGAUAUUGCCAUUUUUUGUGGGAUGUGUUAUUGUCUAUAUGAAAAUGAGAGUAGAACUUUAGUAUCUACAUGUUAGUGUGUAAUGCUGCAAAUAGAACAAUGUUGGCCAGCAUUAUAAGCAACACUGUAAAGUUCUAAAUUAUCCACAAAUGUCGACCAAUAUGUCCUUCCAUUUAUAAGGCAGACUCAAACUGAAUCCCAGAUCACUGCAUAUGUUACAACUUGUAAUCAUAUAUUUAUACAGCAUGUUUUUAAAGGUUUUCAUUCAAAAAUAGCAGAAAGGUCAGGGGUUUGAAGGAUGUCUUCAUGAAUGAUCCCUCAGUAAGUCAGCUUGUGCAUUUUAUAUUUGGGGGGAAAAGUAAGGAAAAUAGGCAACAGGCUUUAGAGAGAAAAAAUACAAACUAACAAAGGAAAAAAAUAAGAAUGUUAGAGGUAGAGGAAAACAAUGAUAUCUAGAAUUAAUAAUUAGCCAAAUAUUUUAAAAUGUCUGCCUUUACAUUGGCUGUGUUUAUAUUUUAAAAACAACAUCUGUUCAAAUUCUAUAUAUUUUCAUAAGUAGCGAAGGUAAUGCAAGAAUUAGUGUGGGUUGCACAGUGAGUUGCUUUAGGAUACAAUUUUAGAAGCUAAUGGUUCACUCACUAUUAAACCCCUGAUGGUUUCACUUUUGCCAUUAAAAUUAUCAUCUUUUCACAUUGACGCCUACAUUGCAUAGAAAUUAUGCAUUAUUAGAGUCUAGAAAUCAAAGGCUGCUCAUAUGUAAUUUUACACCAUUAUAUGUACAGAAAUAUAUUGCUACUUAUCACAGAAAUUUUCUAGAUUAUAUACUUGUGUGUGUUAAAUGUAAAUCAAAUACAUUUACUAGUACAAGUAUAUAUAAAACACAGUUAUCAGCAGAACUUUCAUAGAAUUAAUGCUAAAUCAGUUAUCUAUAUGGUAAAUGUAGAUCAAUAAUUGAUUUACCAUUAAUUCUAGGAAUUCUGCUGAUAGCUACAGUUAUAUUGGGUUAUAUUUACUUUAACAAAGAAUUUCUGCAAAUCAUGCGUAACAGUGUUAACUUUGGGGUUAUUUCAUUUUGGAGGUGAUUUUCUUAAAUAAAAUAAUCCCUGAGCUCAAUAUUAGCUAAUAAAAUUAUGCUACCUGCUUUCCUAAGGGAAUCCAAUUAGAAAAAUAAAACAGGCAUUGUUAAAGAAGGCUAUCAAUGAAGAUACAUUAAUGUAUAUUGCUAGAGACCCCAGGAGCAUUUGAAAGUUACCCAUGUGAAAAAUAUUAUGGAACAGUCAAUGCAGUAAAAAAAAAAAAAAAUUAUUUAAAUGAAUCCAUGUGAUUCAGGUGUUUUGUUUCAAUAAUAUUUGGUGCUUAGGUUUUAUGUAUAAACAAGUCAUUAAUAUUUAUGAAGAUUUUAUUUAUGAAAAAUGAUGAGAAUUCCAUAUUUACAAAGAUUAUUAUUAUUGCCAUUUAUAUAGCAGCAGCUUACCUCACAGUGCAAUAGAAUACAACAAGAUUCAAAGCAUUUAUUUCAUUAACCAAUACCUGUGCAGAUUAAAGUUGGAGUGACUUUUGCAGAUUAUUUGCUUGGAAUGUCUUAUAAACAAUGCUCAUCUACUGGUCAGUGAUGUGUCUGUAACUCAGAGAUGCACUGAGACCGAAGUAGGUAAAGUUUCAAACUGUUCUCUUGAUGUUCUUGCUGCUUUUGUGUUGACCGUUAAAAGGUUGCCUUUCCCCAAAUACACACUCACUUGUACGGUAAGGAAUUAGGGUCAGUGAGUGGGGAAGAUACUAAGCUGUCAUUAUUGUAAGCAGCGCGGUAACUUGCCCCUAGAUCAAUUUACCAAGGGCCCGUUCCUUGAAACAGAACCCUUGUCUGCAGCUCUCCCUUCAUUCCUCAGUGUCACCAAGUGUGUUUCAUGAUCAAAUUCAAAUUAUAAGAUCAAAUGAAACAUAAAUCAAAUACUAAACAGCUGUCUGCAGACAAUUUGCUGGUGAUGGCAAAAGGCCUAUUGUCAUUUGAUUGAUAACAGACUUAUCAGUAGAAACAAAAUGUUCAACAUUGGCUCUGUUAAUAAUCAAGCAUGGAGAGUUGUUCUCUAACGCGUGAGUUGUGAGGAUUGAAAGUAAAUAUUAAACUAUGGUCACAAGUAGCCAAACUAACUUGGAGACUGCAUCCCAUUUGGCUAUAUUGGCCAAAUAUUUGUAAUUCACUUUGAAUUUCAUUUUCCAGCAUUUCACACUUUAAUAUCCCUGAUAGUUUCCUGAUAGUAUCCAGCACAUUGACAAUGAAUGUACAAUCAUUGGCAAAAUUCUAAUUUCUAGAAAAUUUCCUGGGACCUGAGUAAAGGCCUGCUCUGAACCUAUAAACAACGAACACAUCCGGAAGUAGACUUCUGUUAUGUUUUAAAAUUAAUGAUUAUUUACUUUAUCAACUUCCAAAAAAAGUCAGGAGACAUUUUUGAAAAAUUACUUUGCAGUGUAUGCAAUUUAACUGUUUCCUGAAUUAGAACUAAACCCCCCGUAAUAACAUCAAUAGGGUAAUUGAACGACAGGUAAAAAGUAGUUCAUUCUGAGAAACACUGUAAAGAUAACUAACUUUACAUGGAAUUUCUCAAACAACUUUCCCAGCUAGUUCUCUUACUUUAGUUCUUCUAUUUAUAAGGCAAAUUACAAUCUAAUGUCACCCAUCCAUUUUAUAUUAAUAAGAGCCUAGGCUAGAUGAACUUUUUUCUAACUUUUCGUAAGUUGCAGGAGAGUGCUGUGUUCUCAGUGCUAUGCUUGAAAUCCAUAUAUGGCAUAAUUUCAUGGAUGGGAGCUAAAAAUCUAUUUUUAAAAUGUAAUUUAUUGGUGACAAGUCCAGUUUUAGCUUCUACGCUCUCCUCCGUAGGUUUAACUUUAACACAUUUGGAGUCAUUGAAUGGUGGUUAAAUUAUCAUAGUUACCAUGACAGAUAUCUUUUUUUUAAUCCAUACACCUUAUAAUUUGAUCAUGUCAGUGUCAGGGAGAAAGAGCACAUAGGUAAUGUGUUCGGCUGUAAUUAUUAUUGAACUGUAAAGAAAUGUAUUUGAAUUUAGAUGUAGUUUGUUAAGGAUACGCUAAAGUGUUCUAAAUCGCAACUGCAAUUUGCAAAAUUUUAACAUGAAUUGCCUGUUUGAGUAAUAACCCAUUGUGACAGUCCAACCCUCUCUGACCGUCUUGGGUUCCCUUUCUCACAGUAGUUAGCGAAUAAUCAUUCCAGGCAGAGUGUAGACACAAGCAUAGCACAACCCUCCACACAUGUGCCAAGGCUUAAUGCUGGAUAGAGAUCUGUUUAAUGCCACACAAAGCAACAAUCUUCAUGCAGUAUAACCACUCCUGCUCUGAGGAAAACAAAAUGACAGUUAAAAGGGUCAGACAGACUUUGACAAUAUGACAGUUAUUAAGGGUUUAAACUGGUGUACUAAGGGGCUGGUGGGGGGGGAGAACAAAACAGUCCAUAAAACAGAGGUUUCUUCACACCCAUCAUGUCAUAUUUAGCUUUUUUGAAUAUUUUAAACUUAAUAUCUGUCCACAUCCACCAGAAUCAAGCAUCUUCUUUCCUUAACAGAGUUAAAGGACCACUCUAGGCACCCAGACCACUUCAGCUUAAUGAAGUGGUCUGGGUACCAGGUCCAGCUAGGGUUUACCCUUUUUUCUCUAAACAUAGCAGUUUCAGAGAAACUAUGUUUAUAUUAGGGUUAAUCCAGCCUCUAGUGGCUGUCUCAUUGACAGCCGCUAGAGGCGCUUGCGUGCUUCUCACUGUGAAAAUCACAGUGAGAAGACGCCAGCAUCCAUAGGAAAGCAUUGAGAAUGUUUUCCUAUGAGACUGGCAGAAUGCGCGCGCGGCUCUUGCCGCCCAUGCGCAUUCAGCCGAGGAGAGGAGGAGGAGAGUUCCCCGCCCGGCGCUGGAGAAAGAGGUAAGUUUAACCCCUUCCUCACCCUAGAGCCCGGCGGGAGGGGGGCCCUGAGGGUGGGGGCACCCUCAGGGUACUAUAGUGCCAGGAAAACGAGUGUUUUCCUGGCACUAUAGUGGUCCUUUAAGGGCUCCAGUAAAAAAGCCAAGCAUGCCACUUAUUCCAUAUGCAUGCUCCCUGACUGAGUUAGCUUCUUACGUUAGCAUGUUAGUUUUGUUAACCCAAUUCCCUGAAUCUUAGCUUCUACAACACUAUAACUCAAAAAUUUGCAACUUAUUGGAUGUGCCAUGAAAAUGCAUUGUAUACUUUUUGAAAUGCUUACAGCUGUCAUGGCUAGGCAAGCUUGUUUGUACAACUUUGCACAAAAAUAAAAAAUGAAAACCAAAUGUUUUUUUAGUUGACACAAAUUUUUACCCCUGUACUGGUUGUCAUUGUGUGUGUGUGUGUGUGUGUGUGUGUGUGUGUGUGUGUGUGUGUGUGUGUGUGUGUGUGUGUGUGUGUGUGUGUGUGUAUUUAAAUGGGAGCAGAUUUAGUAAAUUGGAACAAAUGAAAAUAUAACAGGAUAGAUACCAUUAAUGAGAUUUUUAUGAAGGAACUUAUAAGCAUCACAGUUGAACUAGGUUUAAGCACAAGGUUUAUCUUUUUACUAUAUAUUUUCCACUUUAUGUGGUUUUGGAUCUCUGAGUAGAUCUGCGAUCUAUAAAGGUGUGAUUUAGACUGACUAAAGAGUGAAAUUAUUAGGAUAUUGAUAUACAGCUUGGAAUAUAAUGUUGAAUUAUUUAUGUAUUUAUUGGUGUGGUUUUUUUAUUUUUUAUUUAUGCCUUGGUUAUAUUUUAUUGAUAUCUCUCUUAGGAUAUUAUGAAUCUUAUACAUGAAUGAGAUUAUUCUAGGAUGAGUAAUAUGAUGUGAUGAAAGUGGAAAAUGUCAUGUACGAAUCAAAACUGAACUGUAUCCUAAGAGAAUGUAAAACUGUAUAAAAUGAAAUAAACAUUUAAAUUAAAAAAUAAAGAAGAAUUGCAGACGAUAACACGUUUCAGUGUUAUUUCUAAAGCAAUACUUUUCACUGAAUGAAGUCAUUCUAUUUAGAUGUGCCUUGUCUUUUUGGAAAUAAAACUAUUACAUUAAACAAAACUAAAGCAGAAGGCUGUUCAGGGUCACCUUGAAGCAGCUCAUUGUUAUUAAUGAUCUCUCUGAAUUGAUCGUAAGAUAUUUCAAACAAAUAUGAGGAAAUGUUUAGUUUCUCGCAUUAUGAACGUGUACAUGACAAAAUAAUGAGACCAUAUAUUUAUAAAAAUAAAGUGUGCAUAAUUAUCAUAGAAAUGUAUCAUUCAUAUAUUUUUCUUUUCACAAGUAGGGAAGACGUUUGUCAAAUACAUUACAUGAAAUGUUCUUAUAUUAGUAUCCUCUAUUUUGUUGGUUUCCAAUCUUGGCCUUUCAGUUGUCAUUGGACUUUUCCUAGAAUUCUCAAAUACAUAUAUUGGAUACCACUUCUCAGUAUAUGGUGACAGUACUGUAUUUAGUGACAUUUCAGACCUUUUUUGAAAUUGCUAUGAAAUUGCUAAAUUAUAUGUCUUCUGUCUUCCUUUAAAUAUGCAGGAUAAAUAUAACUCCAGUAGGUGGACAGUAUUUGGACAACAUUGGCAGGAGAAUUAGAAGAUGGAAAUGGCAAAGUGUCUUAAGCCCCAAGCCUUACGUUCAAUUCAAACCAAUCUUCAUAUCUUUAAAUCAUCAAGUUGGUGUCAGAAUAAUUGCACAAGACCAAAUGUCUGUCUCUUUCUUGGCAAUGGGGAAACAGGCAAAAAUAAAUGUGGGGAGAAGAGAUAAGAUGCAAAAUCAAGUGAGUGUGUAUUUAUAUGUAUAUAUAAAGUCAAUGCAUAAAAAAAUAAAUAAAAAUAUAUACAUAUAUAAGAUGAAAGUUCCUUAGAGAACUGAAACGUUGAUCUUCUGUGGCAGAUGCCUGAAUAAAAAGCUAAGUUUUUUUACAAUAUUUUCAAAGUCCUUGUAGUGCUAUCAUUACUUUAUUUUUAUAUAUUAUAUAUAUAUAUAUGCUUUCUAGCUCUCUUUCUGUGUUUAUGGUUUCAAUAUAUUUGACAGAUAAGAUAAGGUAGCAGUACAAGUUUUAUUACUUUUUGGCCAGGUGAAUUAGUUAAACCACUAUCCACUUAUAAGUAAAACACACUCAGUACAGACAAAGUGUUAUAGACCUCUCAUCAGGCCCUUACCAGCAAUUGACUAACAUUUACCAUCACUCCCCACACAAGGGUGUAAUAAGAGGGAGGAUAUCAACCCACCCCUACCCCCUGUAUUGGGGUUUUGCAUUUACCUGUUUUUUGGGCAGGGGAAGUAAUUUGCAAGUAUUACAGUAAUACCAUAGUGUUGUUUUCUCACUCUCCCUAAUAUUUUAAUAUUAUUUUCUUUUUUUGAAGGUGAAGGAGAUUGAAACAAAUAUUCGGCCAUAUAGAGAAAUAGCGGAGGAUGAAUUGAUUUUAGUUGCCAUGAAGAUCAAAAUUCUUCGUCUGCUGAACAAAUUGAAUGAAUAUUUAAAUUUCCCUUCAAACAAGCAGUGGGAUAGAAUAAAGCCACCUUCAUUUCUAACUGCCCAGGCACAGAAAGUUAUAAAUCUCUGCAGUGUUUGCAAAAUAAACAAAGAGACAAAUUCUUCAAUUCAGACUAUCUUGGGAAACUCUCAAUAAUAAUAUGGCAAUUUAGAUGUUCCUGGACAAUUAAAAAAAACUAAUGGAAAUGUAAGAUUAGUAUGUCACGAUAUAUGACCACAUUAUGGUGUAUUGUAAAUAAAAACUGGAUUAACGUAAAUGCUCUUGCGUAAACAUUAAAUCCAUAAGGUUGUACCCCUGCCUUGACUCUUGCUUAUGUUGCAUAUGUUGAUAUGUCAAUCACUAAAAGGAGCUACAGAGUAGAUGUUAGGCUAUGG